AGCAGAGAGAGGAGGAAGAGGAGAGAGAAAGGUGCCUCCUCUCGCCAUCGCGAUCACUGUCUCGCUGCUGUACCGAUGCUUGUGUAAAAGCUGCUCCAACAGGAGGCGAAAGGAGCGGCGUGGAGCGGGGGAUCUAACUUCACACACGGACAAACCUAUGCUUGGAUUUCGGCUCUUUUUCCCUUCGCCAAUGCAAAAGGAAAUAUGCAGCGAAGCUUCACCAUCCUCUACACCAGUUUACUGGGGAUAUGCUUGGGUUCAAGCUCAAGUUUUCCAAGUAACAUCAACAUAGGUGAGAAUUGCGCACACGCAGCAGACCUUUUGUCUCCUUUUUUUAAGUUUAGCUCAUGCAUCUUUGUGUGUUUCUCCUGAUUUUCCCGUGGGUCUGGUGAGUCCAUCAUUAACUCCUGCUUCUUAACUGCUCAACAGGAGGAUUGUUCCCAACAGAAUCGCACGAAUAUGAGGUUUUUCGUUUCGCCCUCUCGCACCACCAGGACAUCCCCAAACUGGUGCCGCAGGUGGAUAUGGUCAAAAUGGGGAAUAGCUUCUCCAUGACAUAUGCCUGUAAGUAGAAUCUGAUUGAAGGCAGAUUAUAAUCGCACAUUGUGUCUGUUCUGCGUGUCUUCACUCCCCCUCAAUCUGUCCAUCUACUUCGAAAACAAAGAAGAACUCCAUGCAUACAUCGGUAAAACCUGAGCAGGCUGUAGUCACAUACAUGAUAGGCCUACUGAAAAGAUUCACGAGUGUUGGUAGGUUUAUUGUACUGUUGCGUGGGACUAAGGAAUACUUAUUUUAUUCGCUUUUCUCUGCAUGAUUGGAGCGUGAUUGUGCGCUCCAGGGAAACCACGGGGGCUUUUCAAAUCAACCUCUGCUACAGCAGCUGUGGUGAUCCCACAACCCUAUACCAUCAGGUUUUGGAGAUAUGUGGAUUUUUUACAGGAAUGCCACAGAUUGUUCUAGUUCAAAUUGAGGGGGAAACAAAGAGCCAAAUCGCAGAUCAGGACUCCAUCCAAACUGAGGAAGGGAAAAUGACUCCAAAUGCAUCUCAAAUGAGGCACUGAUCACAAUAUGCGUGCCAUUUUUUGGGAAGUCGCAGCUGCAUGUCCUAUUUAACCCUUCCUAUUAAGAACAUUUGUAGCUAAAAGGACAUUAUAAUUUCAUACCUGCAUGUGUCUGAUCUGAUCAUGAAGCCUUUUAUUGGUUUAAAGAAAGGCAAUGCUGGGAGUGUCUUUAAUUAAUCUGUGUGAGAACAUUAUCCGCAGCAUUUAUGGUCAACAAGUGUGUUUUAAAACCAUUAGUUUGUGUCCUUGCUCAGAGAAAUGGGGAUGCCAUUCUCCUGUGGGGGAUAAUGCGUGCCAUUAUGCCAGCCAAACAAUUACUACGUGCCAGCUACCCAAAAGAAACGCCGGUCUAAAUUGUUUCUUCUUUGUUAACCAUGCACUUAUCCCUCCUUUGUAUUCUGACAAGAUUUUGUCACCACUGAGACUUUUACAGCUGAGUUUUUUUUUUUCUUCUCUCAUACCAUCCUCUUCUCCGAAGAAAUAGGCUGCAGUUCACUCACAUUUGCUCUGUAGUGAAGUCAAACACUUUCAGGAUAGCCUUUGAAAGCUGUGCCUUCCUGUUUCUGCGCCUGGUUUUUGAAGCAUUGGCUCAGUGGCAGAUUUGAUUAUUCCUCUCAGACAUCACUUGUUGUAUGCUCAAUGUGAAACCUGUCUGGAAUUCAAAGGAUAUCAGUCAUAGCCCACUGAAUGUUUGAAAAAUAUAUUCAUUUUGUAAAAGACAUGAACUACAAGUAUAAUGACCGUCUGACUCAGAGUGAAAGAAACUUUGAUGAACUGUCCCUCCAUAACCUUCAACUACUGCCUUCGCCGUUAACACCCACUUGGUGAUUAGUUCAUGGUUCUACACAAAAGAAUAGAUGUUAAGUUAUAAAUGGCAUAUUGAGCCUGAAGUAUUUAAAUAUAAAUAAUAUGCAAAUGUCUGCACUGUGGCUGGGUUAACAUUAUGCAUUGCUAAUAAGCGGCCAACUUAGCCUUUUAGCUUCAUAAUACUUCACAGUUACUCACUACUGCAAAAAUUGCACCAACUGGACAAAUGAAAUAUCUGUCGAAAUCUAGAAUUUCUGUGUAGAUGCUGUUUUAUAUAAAUCAAGAAGAUUUUUAAUUUAUUAUUGUGACUUUACUAUCAUAUAAAUCAAUCAAUCCAUCAGGAACUGCAUUGUUAGUAGUGAUGUCAUAUAUCUCACAGAGUUGCUCUGUCUGUCCACUCAAAGAAUUGGGACUUCAUAAAAGACUUACUGCUGGCAUAUCUCUUACCAAAGAUAUACACAGUGGAGUCAGACCGGAGCUUAUCCUGUCACAUGGGAGACUAAGCUCAGUCUUCAGAACUGGAUUUAUUUGGAAGCACAUGAAAUGACACAAGGUUUCUACCUGUGGAAGUGGUGCAAUAUUUGAUCUUGCAGCUAGUGCCGGGACUUUGAAAUGUCCUUCGGGGCUUUCUUUGACAAGGUGAAUUACUAAGAAGCCUCUGGUGUGUUGCAUAAGACACAUCUUUUUUGGUUGUGGUUGUAAGCAUCCAGAAAGAAAUAUGUUCCGGGGCUGAGGGAACUCUGCCUCCAAAGUGUGCCGUAUACGCAUACAGGGUGUGUUGAAUUCACACCAAAACACCUACUGCAGACGGGUUAAGCAUACAGUCUAAGGUAUUGGACAUCACUUCUCAACUAAAUCCCAGGAGCUAGAGGUUCACAUGACAAAACUUUUGCACUGACUUGCCCACAUGCUUCCUGCAUGUAUUACACAACAAAGGGACUGCUAGAAGUCCCAAUGGGAGUACCUGCCCGCCAUACACACCAGACUGAGUUUUCCUUCUGGAGACAAGCUUGAAGAGAAAAGAUGAUCCUCUGGGAGAAGUCUCCCACCUACAUGUUCUGUUGAUGGAGGUGGCCACCAUAUGUUUAGAAGCAUUGGAAGAAAAGGUGUGCCAAGAGAGGAUCCCAGUUGGAUGGAUGUUCAAGUUCUUUCUACAAUGCCAGCAUUGAGGGUUCAAUUCUACAUUUUUCUUGCCAGACUGCUGUUGCACAGUACCAUUCACCCAAAGAUUGCUCAAUUUUUUGGGGGUUGCAGCUUGACGCUGUAACAAGAGUAUAUCUUCUGAAUAUGCAAAAUAGGAAUUUCUGAAUGUCUUCCUUCAUUUACCCUUGAGAAUAGAUUUUCAGAAAAUCAGAAGCUCAAGCUCAUCCUGUUGCUUUUACAGUACCUGGUUCCACUAUUGAUAUGAAUGUAAAUAACAAUCAGAUAGGUCGCAGAGAUACAGAGCUGUAUUUUGGUAGAGAUGCACCUUGCUCCAUGAACAUAUACGUCAUUUAUCUCAGUUGAAAGGGUCACGGCAGGCUCAUUGUCAUGUCAGGACCUUGUGCUAACCAUGGAGCAUUCAUUUAGAGGUAUGCCACAGAAAUUUCAUAAGCAGUUCACUGAUCUCUGUUGUUUAUGUAAAGUCUAGAACUAAGCUAGCCAGACUUCGAGACUUGAUUGUCACAAAUAAUUUUGUCAGGUUUUUUUCCUGCUUUACAAGAGACUGUCCCUCUGUAGUUCACCUCUGCUUGCUUGAGCAAACCAACCAUUGACCGAUAUCUGUAAGGCGUCAACAUGGCCACUGCAAAUAUUUGGUCCAUCACUGCUCGGUUUGAUGGUUAAAACUGUUGGUCCAAAGUCUCUGUGUAGAAUUGCAAGAUAUAAAUGCUAUUCUGGGAGACGAAAACUACCUGGUUUCUAGAUCAUAUAUGACCCCAUGAACCCUUAACUACAGUGGAGAGUAAUGGGACUGAAGCUGGUUUCAGUGAUAUGUCUACAUUGGUCAGUGAAGACCAUCUCUCAAAUUUAAUGGUCAAGAAAUUGACCAGUUACUCUCUUGGGCCUCCAAGUCAUGCCUGUCCUAACCCCAUAAUGUCACUGAAUGUAUCUACAUGCGUUUUCUAAUGAUCAUCUGGAUGACACAAGAAGCGAUAAGAUGUGACCAGAUAGCCCUUCAUUAGGUUCUACGUGGUUUGUCACAGCUGGCUGCUGGACAUACUGCUUAAUAAUGAGGGCUGAUGGCUCACCUUGAUCUUAAAUAUCAGUUUACUUUCCCCCCAUCUUUGCUUGCAGUAUAGUUGAAGUCGGUCUGUUAGGAGACAAACCUUUGUUGGCUUCAGCUGUUAUUGGUGAACUUUUAAUCACUCACCAGCCUAUUAGUCUAUAAUUGCCUGAAGGCCUGUAGGUAACUUAUCUGCUCUGGAAAGUGAUUUAUGUAACAUUUCUUGCCACAAACCAGCUGUUGCCGUACAUAGAUUGCACUUAUAUACCACUCGGUUUGUCCUCUAAUUACUUAAAUCUAUUUUACACUGUUAUCUUGCCCUCACUGGUGGCAGAUGCAAAUGAGCAAAGUGCCAGGCUGACCACUGUGUCUGAUUCAGAAUUCACAUACAUUCAUCCUCUGAAGGCCAUCCCUUCAAAAGCAAUUUUUGUGCAAUAACUUCCACAUGGGCACUUCGACAUGUGGGCCUCAGGGGUGGUUGAAUCACCAAUCAACUGGUUAAGAGACAAUCUGCUGCACUUCAGGGGGCCAAGGUUGCCCCAGGAAGACUCUUCUUACGGCAUAGUGACUGAUUUUGUCUUUGAACCACUUCAGUUAAAUUGUACAGAUCCCACAGAAGAAGGCUUCUUGAAUGCUGGCUUACAGCAGCACCAGAAAUUCAAAAGUCCUCAUUAUGGGAUUUGCUAGCUUUAUAAUUGGUGGUAUAUGAUCCGCACAGUGAUAAACAUUUGCUUCCUUACCCCCCCGGCUUGGAAAAACCAGUUGAAAGAAAAUCUUUGGAGCUGGUUCUUUACAACUUGAACAUGUGUAAUUUAAUGUGCUGCAUACCCUCUCAGGUCUAAUCAGAAGACUUGAAUUACAUUCACUUGUUUACUGACCACGCAAGUCUAUAUGAACCUGCCUGUAUGUUUAUUGGCAUGUGCAAUAAAACAGACAGGAGUAGCUGUUUGUCAAGCAUAUACAUCUUGAUGUAAAUAAACAAAUAACAAGAUUUGCUUGUUUGUUCGUACCCGCCACCAGGGUUUCACGUAAUGUGGUUGUAGCAGUUCUUAUGAGAUUCUGUUAUGAGUUUAAGAUUGGAUUUGAAGUAAAGCAUUAUGUGCAACAGCACUCAUGCAGAUUUAUAGACGCUCCGUGCUGGCUGCUGCCUCAUGUUGAACACUCUCUCUAAAAGGAAAUUUACUGUUGUUUGUCACAGUACGCUCCAAUAUCCCUUUGAUAUUACUUUGUGUAGUUCUCUAACUCCUGUACAUAAAAACACAGACUUUAUGAAGUCAUCCUGUCUAGAUGCAGGUCCAUGUGAUGCAUUAUUUUGCAGAGAUAUCUUUAAAAAAUAGACCUGUGUAAACUAUUGAAAACCUGGACGGAGCCCAGACAAUACUAACAUCCUCCCUCCCCCUUACUCUCCCAGCAAUUUGAGCCUGUCAGGGCUGUGUAAUGAAAUGUAAACACACCCAGUAUGCCCUCAUUAUUGAGAUGGUCUUACGCUCAGAAGGGAAUUUGAUGUGAGUAUAAGGGUCAGGCAGCCGCUGGACUUUUCUAGGAGAGUUGCUGGUGAAUCAAACAUAGCACUUAUAUUAUAGAUGGAAAGGGAGGGAUAUGCUCAAUAAAGUCACAGCUUAAGCCAAAUGGAGAGAAACUGUUACAUACAGUCGACUUUCAAAGAACAUUUUGACUAAGUGGUCUCACAUGGUUAAUCAGGUGUAAACGAUUUCCCCCCGUCUUUUAUUCAUAUCAAUUACUUUUGGAACAUUUAACCAAAUGUGGUUGGAGUCUAAAAGAAGAUCCUUUGUAAUUUCUUAUGUAAGGUUUCAGGGACUUGCCUGGGAUCGUUGAUUUGAUCGAGGCUCAUUGCCAACAUUCAGAGCUUCAAUAGAUCCGUUUAACAUUGGCACUGCUAGAUAUCUAGAUUUUCCGUCCUGUCACCAACCCCUCCCUUUCAGCCUUCUGCACAAAGCCUUCAGAUGUGACAUCUUAUCUUCAUAGUCAUGCCUAUCACUGCAGUUCAUGGCUAUGAUGGUGGGCUGUGGUACAAGCAUGUCAAAAAGAUUCAAAGCUGCGGGAGGUGGCAAAAAUGAAAGUGACACCUUUUCCUGCUGUGUAUCUCUCGUUCCAAAAGAAUAAUUAGAUGUGGAGGCUUUAGAGAUGUGCUCGCAAGGAAAAAAGAAGGGCUCGGGGGCCUGUUUAUAAUGACUCAGAUGAGAAAAGCAGCCUAUUCCUGGCUUUGUGUGUGGGAGUGGGAUCGUGUGUACAUCUGGGUGCCAUUUUGGCAUCUGUGUAGGAUGUCAUGAGUGAGAUUAGUGAGUGACGGUUCACCCCUGUAAGCGCGUGUGAGUGUUGGAGCGUGCCCGGGGACAUUGGGGUCCACAAGUGUGAGAAGCAGCGUGUGAAUGGACCCUUGUGCACAGGGAUGAAUGGAGCUCCGGAUGAGGGUGAUACUCAUCAGCUGGCUCCUAUGACUUGCUACUUCCUUCAGCAGCAAGACCUCCCACCACAAACACAUGCAACCCCUCACAUGCACAAACACAAAAAACCCACACAUGUACGUAUGCUCAUGGCAACUCACUGACACCUGCCUCAAAGCUAAGGUUCUGUAAGUUUGGGGAGUGAAAAAGACCAAACAAAGAGAGAAAAGGGAUAAAAAACAACCCAAAGAAACAAUGACUUUCAAUGGAAGAUGGAUUCAUUCAUUUUUUCUGAUGUUGGAGUCAUUAGGGUGGAAAUUGGGGGAAUAAUUCAGCUUACUUUCAUUUUGAUGUCUUCUCACAUACACAAACAAAACCACAAAUAGGUAGAAUAUUUGCUUGACUGCAUUUUUUUUCUCGCAUCCUUGUCUUUUUCUACAUGUGUGCCUUUCAGUGAAAGCCUCAUUUUACAUGUUUCCAGUAGUUAAAAAUAACUGCCAGGGAUGUGGUGUGCACAUGGAGAAUAUUAGUCACCGUUCCCUCAGUUAGAUAUCACAUUACCAUAAUCUGCUAUUGACUUGGUUUAUAAUAAGGACGUCACUGAAUCGCUAGCUUCAUGUCAAAUCCCCUGGGAGCUCCUGCCUAUAUUAUCUUCUUUUCCCUUUGAUAUCCUGCAUGUGUGUGGUGAGAUUUAGGCUAAGCUAUGGCUAUUUUUGGUUGAAAACCUGUCUGCAGAGUAUUGCACCAAGCAGCAGAGGCUUGUCCAGGAGGGGGGCCAGGGGUGCGAGAGCCUUAAUUGUUAGAGAGGUAAAAAAAGAAACUGUCCUCUGUGUGAACAAAUCAAAAUUGGCUUUGAAAACCAUGGAUGCUGCAUCCCCAUUCUAAAGAGGAGAGGGACCACAUGGCUUGUUAUCUUUGCAGGGUUCAAAAGCCAGUAUCUGUGGUGUUAUGGGUAUCUGUCGGUUGCAAAAGUAAGGUACACAUUUGGAAGGUGCCGUGCAUGCUAAAAAACCUGUAUAGGUUUAGAGCAACAUAAACUGCCAUCCAGAAAAUACAUUUUCAAGGAUGAGCUUGCAUGUUGUAUAUCGUAGUACAUCCUGCAUGUAUUACAAUAUAUUGUCAGCAGUAGAAGAGCCUUGGUGCCUGCAGUACUGACUUGGCACCCAUUGGAAACAUUUUGCAUAUCAGGAAACAAAAAAUGGGGGAAAAGGACCCCAAAGGUCAACGCAGAUGAUCCCAGGCUAGAAUGGGACAUUUUCUAUUCAAAUCACCAGAAACUUGUCUUCUGGAUUCCUCGGUAUUUAAUCAGUUUUAAAUGUGUUGCUGGUAUCCAAUUUCAAACGAGCAUAUAUUUUUCAUAACACAAUAACAUUAUCCAAUUUAAUUACAAUAUUUUGGUUAUGCCUUGUUUUUCAAAUUGAUAUAGGUUCCAUUGAUUUGCAAACCAAUGAAAUUCUGAUUAAUUAUAAUUUUAUUCAGCAUUUCCAAUACUAUGGAAUUGACAUUAUAAGUAGUUAAAGUACAUAUGAUUAGUGGAGAUUAAAAAAAAAAAGGUACAUAAUAUGAUGCUUUAUAUUGUUAAUGUUAGCAUUGCAGCCUACUUCAAAUUGGUGCCAUAACUGGGCCACCUCAGUCUAGACACGCCCCUGCCAAGCAACAAAUGUGAUAUCUCAAACAGUUUUUAAAUUCAUGUCACUGACUUACUCUUGAUUUUGUGUCCACUUAGUUCUGAUAAUAAACCUUUCAUUAAGACUGAUUAGUAUUCAUGGGAAAGACGAUGUGUUGUCACUGCCAUCUUGGCGGCAGUAUUUCUGCGGGUCUCUGAAGGGCAGUUAAGGAGAACUGGAAGAGGAUCCAUGAGGCAGUCAUGAUCAAUGAACUGAGUGCUGCGCAGAGACCUUCUCAGCCGAUCAAUACACUACAGAUGAUAGGAGAGAGGGCUGCUGCCAUCCAGGCAGGUCUACAGGACUGAUGCAAAUACGUAUUACAGGUAGAGGUCAAUUCUAGUGGUGGUCAAAUGUUCAAGUAAAAUUGAGAUUCCUCAUUGUAGCCUAUAAAUUUAAUCAUAUUUACACUUAGUAGUGAUGUAAAAAGUAAUUUUGACAAUAUUUUGAUUGUUUGGUUCACAUUUAAUAAACAAGGACUUAUAUUUUAUCCUUCGUAAGACACUGGUAGGUUUAUUCAAUCUUCAGACAGGAUCACCUUCAAACAAGGUUUUUGCCUGCCAUAAAAAUCCAAUGAUGUUUUAAUUUGCAUGAUGUUUUAAUUUGCAUGUCAUAUAAAUGAGUUUCUGUCAGUGCAGGUGACUGGAAGAUGAACAUUUGUAUAAAUCAUCUUUUUAGUGGCCUGAUAACCUCUCUGUGAAAGUCAUCUUCAUGGAAAGUUCAAAUACCUGGUUGGGGACAGUUGUUUUGGAAAACUUAACAUCGGAAUCAGUCCACUAUUGUCAGAUGGGGAUAGAGCUGCUGGGAACAAUGACUUACUUUUCAGGGCUUCUUCUGUUGCCAGAAAUUAGCGAUAAAUUGACGUCAGCCGGCUUUUUCUUCUCCAUAAAUUUCGUGGUGUUCACAGUCUGACUCACAAGAUUGUUAAAUAAAGACUGGAAAAAUGUCUGGCCUACUUUUACUGUUUACAACUUCAAAUGUCAAUCACAGCAGUGUAUAAUUGAUUAGUUCAUCAGCAUAUGUUUGAUUCUGUAGGAUGAAUAAUCAACAUCAACCAUCUUCCUCUCUAAUAUAGAUAUAAGUGAAAUAUACAAAUAAUGGUCUUUUGUGGGACAGCGUUGCAGCAUAUUGAAUUAGUAAUUAAUAUGUGUUACCUGUUUAGCCCUGAAAACAGUUUAAAAUUGAGGUGUGACUUCACUGCUUAACAACCAGAAACCUCAGAGUUACGGACAAUAUUAUCAAAACCCAAAUGAGGCUUACAGGACUAUAAAAAUUGGUGUUACUGAAUUAAAACCUCAGGUGUCUUUAAAACAGUUUCUAUCCCUCCUGUUUAGUUUUUAAUGUUUCUGUCUACUGCAAAAUUCACCUGUUUGAGGUUUUCCUCACCAGGGUAGGUUCUCGGUCUGGCUGCUAAACUGAAAUCUGUGGGAGCAUGUGAGGCAGUUUGUGAAGUUCUCUGGUCACACACAUACACACCACUCAGCACACAAUAGCUACAAGAGACAGAGCUCGAGCAGAUGCAUUUUAUGUAUUAUUCAGUGCAACACAUCCAAAGCUAUCACUCCAUGGAGUUACAGGCAUAAAUAUGUAAUAAUAACCCUGCAGAAAAAAAAGACAAUUGAACUGAUUCAACUACAACUGCAACAAUACUUAAAACAGAAAUACUCAGCUCUCUAUAGGAUCUGCCUGAAGAACAGAGAAACAGAAAUGUUUGCCUCCUAGGAGACCCUUAUUUCUGUCUUUGUUAUACCCCCAUUUUGCUCUACUCCUCCCCCCUUCAGAGGCAAAAAUCACCCCGAAAGAGCGAGUCUCAGCUGGGCUGUAAAUUGCUAAGAGGAAGGAGUUUGGGUUGGAGGUUGAGCUGCAUUUUCAGACCCAGUGGCUGGUGUCAUUGAGGCUCUGGGGUGUUGUUUUUGUGUAGCCGCUGUGUCAGUCACUGAGCUACAACUGCGGUGACUGACUUCUACAGUUCAUGCGUGUUCAGAGGGAUUAACGCUUGUUGUUGAGAAAGGCAGAUCACCGCUCCCUCCUGACUGUUCAGGACAUGACAGUUAUUUGCGGAGGAGAAACAAAGAGAGCGGGAGAGUCAGAGUGAAAGAAAAGAAACUGACGGUCGUUCUCUCGGGCAGGAGUCUGGCAGGUGCCGGUUUGAUGAAUGAGAGGGCUUGGAUUUUCUUGCUCUGGAGCGCUAGGGAUGGAGCAUGGCCCAUAGCAAUCAAUGUAGAUCAGCCGAAACUGCUCCCCAAGCAGCAGAGUGAUAGAGUGUGGAGAAGAAGAAGGGGGGUGGAGACUGUGUGAGGUGUGCGAAGAAGAGGAGAGGGGAUACAUAGACGGGGCAGGGGUGAAAAGAAGAGAGAAUUGUUUAGGAAGGAGGAAAUCGGCACGCUGUUAUUUAAUCUCCUCUUUCUCUCCAUGACAAUUUUCAAGGAAACGCUCACUUGAGGUUGAAGGUUCUUAACCACUGCCUUGAGGUUUCUGUUAACAAAAAAAUUCCCUUCUUUACGCACACUUUUCUCACACUGUGUCCGCUCUGUUUCUAUUUGCUCUCCUCAUUGUCUUUCUGUGUCGCUUCGAGUGCUCUUCUGUAUUCAUACAAGCUCCUCAACUAUUUAAAACAAAUCUGCUGUCCCUAGAGGUAAUGACAGCUGGGACGCAGAGGUCUGAGCUGAGGCGUGUGGGGCUGGCAAUUAGAAAACAAUGUGUUCGAGGGAUGAGGACCAGGAUUUGAGCUGCAGGGUGGAGGGACGAGCGCCGGAUGAUGGCAGCUGUCAUGGUUUCUCUACAAAGACAGCAGCGGAGGACCCUCUUUUGUCGUACAGCACAUCUCAGGAGCUUGUGUGUACUUUAAUGAGCAACAAAGCCUACAAGCAAAUUAAACAGUUUGACACAGUGUAACUGCUCCUGUAGUGACAGCUCAAGACUGCUCUUGUCAUCCACACAGCAGCACAGAUGCUCCCAGUGCUAAAUUACUGCCCUGCAACAGUUAUGAAGGGUUGAAAGAGAAAAGAAAAAUGACAGUAAACAAACACACUUAAAACAAGAUUUAGUAUUCCAGCUGGAUUCAGUUUAGAUCUGUAUUGAAACAGUUUUAGAUUUUUCACCGUACAGUUUUGACUAUCCAAUUAUAUCUGUGAGUAUAUGAUACUCUUGUGACUAAUGUUUUAAAUCAGUAAGCAUGACCAGCAUCAGAUAACACUGAUUUUAUGGCCUAUGUAAUUGAGUCUUUGCUUUGCACCGCCCUCUUAUUUUCUGCUGCUUUGCCUCGUUGUUUGAUGGCUAAUAUGCUGUUUUCAGUGCAGCAGGAGAACAUCAUGAUAGUCUGAGUCUGUGAGUGGUGACAUGUUUACUCAAGACGACAGCAGACAAAAGCCGACUCCUUGAUUCAUAUGGUCAACAUCGUCGGCUAAAAUUGCACUUUUGAAACAGUUAGCUGUGAAGGGUUAAAUAUUAAUUGUUUACCACACGAGAGUUAGCUGGAAGCUCUGCUCUCUUUCCUGCAUGACUUAAUCAGAAAUGAAGAAAUGUAUCAGAAAAAUCCUCAAGGAGGCGUUUUUUUUUUUUUAAUCUGGCAAAUGGAUGGAAGUCUAUUUACAUAAUAGGCUUUGGAAAGCCUUUAUAGCAUUGUUCUCUCAGAAGUGGCUGAAUGCUAAUGUUAGCCAACAGGCGGUCCAAUCUCUCUCCUGAUUUUUGUCAUUUAUGGUCUUUGUGGCAGCUUUAUCAAUCAGGGAGCUGUGAAAUGUCCACAAUUUAAGAGAUUAUUGAGGUUUACACAACAUACAACUAGGAACACCCUAAUAAUACAUGACAACAAUCAGUAUGUUUACAUGUACAGUUAAAUCGAUCUACAGUUAUAACUUGAUUAAACUGGACUGUUGUCCUUGUCUCAGUUACAUGCACCAGGCAAGAAUUGAAUUAUUGACAGAAGCAGGUCUGUCUGUGCCACGUUAGGUGGUGACACGCCCCCUUUCAACUCGUUAAUACUGGGUCACCUCCCAGCUGACCCGUUACAUACCCAAACAAACCCCUUUAUCAACAGCAACACUUGUACAGCUCUGUACCUUCUGAACCUGUAAUUCAGUUUGAUCAAUUUUUAUUCUACUUCUGUCGAGGUUUUGUUUACCCCUCGGCUUUCUAACCUUUCAACCUCCAGAUUAAACCCCUGUGUGUGAAUUCUGGAGUGGAGCACUGAGGUCAGUUUCAGUCUGAUCGAACCGUGCACAAGAAUGUGAAAUCAAUCCUCAAACACAUUAUCCAGGUGUGUUAGUCCGAAUAUGAGAAGUUUGACUUAGUGUUAAUUCAGUCAGGAUGUUUUUAAAAGUCCAGUUUUGGUCAGACUAAUGCAAGACAUUGAUUUUUUGAACAGUUUAUAAACGUAAUGUAUGUAAAAGUCACAAGAAGAUGGUUGCUAUGAGAAUAUGGUCUAUUAGAAUGGCUACUAUUUUCAGCUUAUAUCUUUGCAAGCUGAUGAAUUUAAACUUCUCACUUAUGACAGUGUGUUUUUGGUACCCUUUUUAAAUGAGACAUACAGUAAUUCCACUGUUUGAUCUAUGGCAAUUCUUGUCAGACCUUAAGAAAUAUCUCAAGAGCACCUUACCUAUUUAGGAUAUUAUCAAUUUUCUGCAACACUUCCAGAAGCAUUGAGCUGUGCUGCGACAGGUUAGUUUUAGUGCUGCAUUUUUAAAGGCCACACUCGGAAAAGUAGAGAGGAUGAUCGCAGAACAAGCGUGUGCAUUAGCGGAUUGCAAUGCUCGUAAGAAAGCUAAUAAUGAUAUUAGUUUUCAUUGUGCUCCCAAAGACAUCAGUGUGCAAGAGCUGAAUAGCUCCUCCGUACCUUCCGCUUCUACUACACCGCCAAUGUUAAGGUCCUUUCACACCAGGACCGUUUUUGUUGUGCGAUGAUUUCGGACGUCAAUUUUUUUUUUUUAACCCGUAUCCUGUCAAUACAAGCGUUCACAUCAGCGACGUUUUCCCGUCCUGCAAUAUUGCGGCAUUUAUUUUCAUGGUCAAUUUUUCUAAAGUUUCGCAUGCUGUGUGUCCACUUCUUACCAAUCAGACAACUUGUGGAGAGUCAUCGUGUCAGAUCUCUCACAUUACGAUGUUUUGUGUGCUUUAACAGUUUGCUAAACGCCUUGGUUCUAACUUUUAUCUGUGCUAACGUAAGCUAACGGCUGUUACCAUAGUUUCAUGUGCUUAUCUUAUCGCCUCUGAUUGGCUUUAAGUGCUGACCGUUUGGCUUGAGCGUGUGAUGGCGUUUCUAGCUUUACUAGCCAAUCAGAGGCGAAAGAGGCAGGACUUUUUCAGGCCCGUCAAAAUUAACUUCCGAAUAUCUUGUAAUUUCGCUUUCUAUAUCGGGGUCGGCCCUGGUGUGUAAGCCAGCGUGACAAGGAUCUGCAGAAGAAAAGCCAUUGAAAAUGCCACAGAUAACGUGAUUUUGGCUAAAAAUUUCAUAACCACAAUUUAAAGACCACUGAGAAGACUUGAAGUGGUAAAAAAAAGAUCAUAGUGGGACUUUAAAUUAACAUCUGGGAAGUAAGGGUGGAAAGUUCUCUGUAAAGGUAUGUUUUGUUGUAGAUUGAUUUCAGUGGUUUUUUAAAGUGGUUUUACUAAGUGGUUUAGUUGUCAGAUGUUGUUAAAUCCGAUGUUUUUAGCUACCUGGAGACUUUGCUCAGGUCUUUUAAGAACACUUCCUCCAAGUGUCUGAAAUGUGUUCAUGAGAAUUACUUAUUUAUACAGCACCUUCCCAUUGAAUUAGCAUGCAGCUUGUGUGUUUGCCUCUUCUUGCACCGUACAUCCACCUCCAUCCCUUCCUCUGUCAGAGAAAUGAGUGUGUGGGAGCGGGACCCUCCCUCUGCACCUGUCGACACUGAUAAGCAGAUGGGGAGAUAAUUGCGAAAGAAAUGACGGUUAAGAAGAUAAUUGGAGUUUCCAUACCCCCUGAUAGGAGCUGGUCUGGGCUGGGUUUCUGACCCGCUGCCCAGGUAAGCAUUUAUUCAGCGGGUGGCAGGGCGCUCCGCUGCAAACCAGAUUGGGAUUGUGGUGAGAAACAGCGAGGAGGAGAGACAAUAGCGUAGCGUGACAGGGUUAGAGAGUGAGACACAGGAAGGGAGAGAUAUGUUCGGAGCCGAGGGGAGUACUCUCACACCCUCGAUUACCCAUUUAAUGAGGCGACACAGUGCCAUUGUUUUAUUACUUAGAGGAAAUAGGAGGAAUCUAGAUUUCUCUGUGUGGUCCCAGUGUUUCCUACUGCUAGGCUGGCAUCUGUUCUCUUUGUUCGCAGCGGUCUCCCUAUCAUCCCCUCUCAGAGACACUAAUGUUUCUGAUUCUUCUCCUUUCAGACAUCCAGCUUUGCCUUCUGUCUCACUUUCAUUUUCGAGACAUGCUUGUUUUUUGGCUCAUCCUUAUUAACCUUCUAUUACCCUCUUUUCAACUAAUGUAAUCUCCCCUAAGUAUCCAGUGCUCCCUGACAUUAAUCUAAGAUCUGUUUGGCUGGUCAGCUGCUCUGAUCGCUGCUAUUCCCACCAGCGGAAGCUUAAGAGAAUAAUGCCUUCCUGUCUGCCUUCUCUCUUUAUUUCCUUCAUUUGUCUCCUGCUCACCUCCUCAUCUGUCUUUUCCCUCCCUUUUUUUCAUAUGGUCUCUAUUUUUUCUGCCACACACAGCGGUAACAGCAGUGACAUAAACACAGUUUUAUUGCUCUUGCACAGGCGGUAAAUCUCCCUUAAGCUCGAGGAGCUAAAGCUGUUUAUACCCAGGAACAGUGAGUGCACCUCCCUGGUGUGUAGCUCUCUAUGGGGGUAUCUGGUACCCCAAGAGAGGUAGAAAAGCGCUGAGGCAACACCCACUACUACUUAAAAAAUCUCUUAAACCUAUCUAGCGUUAUCUUGGCUGGGUAUUACAGCGUAUGCAUGGCUAAGAAUAUGUCUUUUCUCCGUAAAUUGACACGUUAUCACUGAAUGAAUCAUCAUCUGCAGGACAUUUAUUUCCAGGAGACUCCACAGAAAAUUGCUCCCUCAGUAAAAACCCACCUCCUCAAGUCAUUCCCGCAGACAUUCAUGCAGAUCCACGUAGGUGCUGCCUUUCAGUCCCCACGGUCUCUUGUCCUCUGAAUAGUAGGGGAUUGAUUGCAUUGUGUGAGUCAUGCUGUGAUGGAGGCCCUUGCGGUGCAGACCACCCCCGCCCAUCACCUAAGGGAGUUUUUUGCAAGCAGAUGCUGUUUGAGACACUCUCAUGUCAAAGCCAGGGAGACGAUUUUUUUCAUUGAAAACUAACGAGUGUUAUAGAGCAUCCAGGGAGCAUGUGCACCCUUGGUAUGAGUUCUCAAUUCAUGUACAUGCUCCCAUGUGCGAAUAUGGAUAUUGACUUUUUAAGCCCUGCCUCUCAUUAGCAUACACCUGAUUAGCUCCCUAGAAGAAACAUGGGACCAGAGGGACCGCAACAUGCUCUCUGGUUUUAUUACACACAUCAUCUGACAGUUAUUAGCCAUGGGUGGCUGAGUGGAAGAUGAUUGUGUGCGUCUCUGUGUCUGGUGUCAGAUGUGUUUAUCUCUCCUCAAAGUGCUCCGUGGUUGAUUGAGUGACCCUUCACCCUUGUGGAGGUGGUGUAUAUUACUGCCUAAUGGGACAGCCACCUCCUUGCUCCAGUCAUCCCUCUCAUCUUUCUCUGGGUACUUUCAACUUAAUACAGGGCAGAUACUGAAGCACCUUGAGGAAGUAGAGAAACUACAUGGCCGCCGAAUGAAAUCCACUUUGUCACCUGCUAGAGCUGUCUGAAAUAUAAGACUAUCUUUUGGAGAGAGAGGUGGGGUCGGGGAUUGUGUUGGGAUGAGAUCAAUGAAUCUAUCAUAAAGCUGACCGAAAGAGAUGAGAAGAAAAGAUGAGCAAGAGAAAUAGAUGGGAAAUAACAUUAACACACACUGUCCAAAACCUGAGGCUCACACUUGCGAUAGAAAUGUUUAGUUUUCACAAAUUAAGUUUGACUUAAUUCCAAAUGAAAGCUAAAAUAGACUUGUACUAGAUGCCUUCUCUUGAGAGAAUUACAUAAUUGCCUUUUACAAAAUCUACAAACAAUAGUAUCUGUGCAGCAAUGGUGCUGCACAAGGUAGGACCCAAAGUAAUUUAAGACAUGAUCCCGAGACAUGAGGGUAUUUCCUUGUUUGAUAAAGGACCCCAUAACACUUCAAAAAUGGAGAAGCAGAUAUGUCCUGGACUUGAGGCCUAUUCAGAAAUUUUUGGAUGAUGUACAUUAUAACAAACACACUUCAGUCAUGACUACUUUUGUCUUUAAGAAUCUCUCUCCCAGUUCCCAGAGGCGAAGAAACAUAUAUAACACGCACAUCCAGAUCAUGUAUGAGUUUGUGCUGCGUCAAGCGAAACCAUAACCACAGUAGACAGACAGAAGAAAAUGGCUUGCACACUGCAGCAAUCCAAUAUACCAGAAGUUUAAAGCGGUGUUAUUAUGCUUUUCCACAUUUACAACAAAAAAUUCAAAGUAAGUACAAUGUUUGGUGUCUAUACUAGAUAUAUUAUUUAAAGUUUCAAAUCACAAGGUAUUUUGUUAUACACAGUGCAUCCGUGACAAUAUAUAUAUAUAUAUAUUUAUGACAUUGAUCAAACCAGACUUAGCAUAAAAAAGAGGGGCUGGGCUGGGGUUGUUUUGCAGAUAAGUUUGCCGCAGUAAGAGUAUGCAGGUGAAAGCAGAUCACAUAUAAUGUCCAUUUUGAUUUUUUGGCAGAGACAGCUGUAGAAAUAUUAUAACACCCCCAAGGUGAUAACACAUGUUUUCUCCAUUCAAAAUGACAGCAGUAUCUGAUCCAGAAGAGUGUUAAAUAUGUAUUCUGUUCUGAUGUAUGAAAUCAUGAAGUUAAAUUUUGUUCUUAUAACUCUAGCAUAACAGUGUAUUUUUGUCUUUUGUGUGUCUUUAAAAAAAUGCAUUGAAAACAUGUUACUGGCUAAGAUAACCAUGUGUAUUAGAUUGUAAUUGGCAUGGAACAAUGGGUUGCCAUCAUAAAACUGUUGAAUUCAUUAAGAUGAAAACAACAACAUGAUAUCUGCAUUAUGUAUUUGUCAUCAAUCAACGUUCCCUUUAAUCACCAGCCAUUAAAAUAAAGUUUAUCACUAGUUCUUUAGUCUUCUUAUGUCCAUCUGCUGGGGCUGGGUGCCAGAGGGAUGGAGGUGGGGGGGUUGGUAUCUGCUCUGGGGUAUGCUGAAUUUAUCUGUAUUUUGUAAUUAGAACACCAUUGUUUUUUUCUAAUAUGUAAUAUUUCAAUAAACAGACUGUAAAAAAUAGAAUAAAAUAAGGAAAGUCAUUAAUUCUUACAUUAAAUGGUUCAGUUUGGAAUAACUGCUUUUGAAAAACUGAGAGUAAAAAACAUUAUGAGUCGAAGAAGAUACAAGUGUCAGCUAGAUUUUCUUGUUGUAUCCUAUUUUGCUGCCAGCUUUGGCUGAAAAGGGAAAAGGAUCUGACCUCCCCUGGCGUCAGUCUUGGGAUACAGAGGUGUCGCUGGAUGGACAACAUAAACCCAGUUGUUGUUGCAGGAUUGAGAGUCACAGUAUAAAGGAGGUGCAGGACUCCAGGAAUCAAUCUGGCUGGGUUAUGUUGCUUUAGAGAAAAGUGGGACUGGAUUUAGCUAUUAACUCUUCUACCCCAGGGUCUUUGUUCAUCUAAGGAAAAAGAAAACAUGAUUUUAUAUUUCUAGAUUUUUUUCUCUUUAAUUCCUCAAAGCAAAUAUACAAAGAGUAGAAUACAUUGAAAGUUGGUGGUGGAGAUAAGCAACACAGCCUUUUUUUUUUUCAAGUCACCCAACAUGUCAAGUCUCAGUAGUGGGGCUCUUUUAAAAAAAAGGACCUUCAUGGUCGGCUGAACAAAAAACCCUCCGAUCAGCACGCUCCCUCUAGCUGAACCCGACUUCUACUGCUGUGAAAUUCCCUCUGUACUGCUGACCUUAAUGUUGCACAGGAUAAUGGCAUGCAAGUCCCAGGGGAAGAAAAUAGUGGAAAUCCUGUGUUCCUCCUUCUGUGUGUUUGUGGAUGUAUAUAAUGUAAAUAACAUCCGUGUCACAGUUUGUGGUUUGUGUGCAGUUACAGCAAGCGCAUGAGACCACAUGUAGCAUGUACACAACUGUUUACAGAGACAGCACACUCAGAAAACCUCCGUCAUAUUGAUUCUGGCAAGGCUGGAUGUAACUCCCCCAAAAAGACAUUUAAAAAAUGGUUCUGCAAAAGCACUUGGUACAUUUCAAUUCAUCUGUAUUGAUUCUUUUUUGAAAGUAUUGUGAAGAUACUGGAGAGAGAGUGAUACACACACACACACUGAUACCACAGUCUUACACUCAGGUUUUCAGCAGCUCUAGUGGAGCAGCUAAGAGCAGGUGCAUGCACAAGGGCACCUUGAAACCUUUGAUGCAUUUUUUGAAAUAUAUACGUAACCUGUCCAAAAUCGACCGUUAUUGACACAUUGCUUAUAAAAAUGUGUCCUUUUGCUUCUUGGUUAGUCUCCUUUUUUCCCACUAUCCAGAAAAAAAUGGUACAAAUUUGAACCUGUUUCCUCUCUGAUUCUGAGCAUCCAUCAAAGUGUCACGAACUAAUACCAGAACCAAUAGUUUUCUUCUUCUUCUUCCUUUUUUUUUAAAAGAUUACCAUAAAUACAGAUCCAUACGCUAGAAAGUUUGAUUACAAAACUGUCAUUUAUUCAAAUUCAGACCUAUUUUGUAAGAGGAAAAAACAAAUGGUCAGGAAAAAGUGAAUUAAUUUGUGUUAGACUUAAAAUAUUCAUGGGCACUGUUGAGGAUGCAGCCCGCCCAUCAUCUACAAACUUCAGAUGCAGAAACAACUGUCACAAACAGAUCCUCUUUGUGCAGCCGGCACAGACACGUCUGUCAUUUGCUAUUUGGCUCAUGCUAAGCAGAGGAACAGCUGCAGGGCACGGGAAACAGAGAAGAGGGAAGACAGAAACUGCAUGAGUUGUUCCUGACAGCUCCUCCUGUUGUGCUAGUAUCUGUCCCUUCAGGUUUGGAAUUUUUUUUUUCUUCGCUCUUUUCCUGCAGCACUAAACACUCCAGCCACACAGAAUACAAAUUUGUACGCAAAUUUUGGUGGUUCAUUCAUAGGGAAAGUUUCGAACGGCUGGACAGCUUUCCGGCAUCAUCUGUAUGCAUGUGCUGGAGACUUCUGUCAGCUUUUGGAAAUGGUUUUGGUUUGUUUGAGUGUAAAUAAAAAAGCGAGGCUGUGGAAAAGUGCUGCAAAUGCACCAUUAUUCCAGGAACUAUCUAAGGAUUUCACAAAGCCAAGUCAGUUUUGCAAAUUUGCUAAUUCCUUGGGGAGAGACCUAAUUAUGACAAAAUGUCCAAACACUCACAAUUCCCACUUCAUCUUCCAAAAGUCUUUUAGCAGCUCAGAGCUACACUAAUCCCUGCCAGAGAAACAGACCGUUGCCGGGGCAACCUCAGUCCUGCCGCCGUGGCAGCUGUAACUGUGGCGAGGAGACACGGCGUGCCAGGGUGGACAGGUGUUGCCGGGGUCUUCGAGAUCACUUCGGGUCUCUGGGCUCAUCCUCCGUUGUCGUUACACAUGUGGAGCAGCGCUAACAAGCCACUAGUGCAUAAACACACUCGGCACGCCGCUCCUCUACGCCGCUAUCUGACCAGGACCAGAGACUGCUGAGUUACACUAAUGUUCUGUGUCAUGCUCUUGUCGAAUUAGACGAAGGCACGCUUCUCUUGCCAGCUCAAAGCAGGAGGUCUGUGCCACAUGGCUUUUUUUUUUUUUUUUUUUUCUUCCUCUUUUUUUUUUUUUUGUCUUUCUUUUUUUCAGUCAGACAUUACUGCAGGUAUGAGCAAUGACUCAUUUUCAGUGAAACCUGGUUACCUGCUGUAGGGCAGGGUAAUGGGACACUGCACAAAAAGUCAAACAAGCUCUCAUUACCUUUUAUCCAGGCGGAACAGGGAGGCCACAGCUGAAAUUGGUCCUAGAAAAUUGUAAGGGGAAACAUAAUGUGUGCUAGAGGAAAGCAAUAGCAGAGCGAGUGUCGAUUUAAUAGUGAGAGCGUGUGCGGACCAUGAAGGAAAGAUAGUUCUGUUACUGAGUCAGUGUGGCGAGGCUCAAAAUGUCUAUUUCAGGGUUUGCUUUAAGUAGGGUGAGUCACCAGGCUUUUGGAGCACUAGAGACUGCAUAUAUGUGUAUGUAUGUGUGUGUGUGUGUGUGUGUGUGUGUGUGUGUGUGUGUGUGUGUGUGUGUGUGUGUGUGUGUGCGUGUGCGUGUGCGCGUGUGCAUGCAUUUAUAUGUGAUACAGCUGAAUUUUUCUCACCCUCUUUCUCCGUCACACACACUCAUAGACACACACACGUGCCUGCCUGGAGGUUGCGGGUCUGUGACAGGUUAGGCAUUUUGGGUACGGGCCAUGCUCGCUCUGUCUUUCCCUCAGCCUCCAGCAGCGAUCUGGCCCUCGCACAGGGACAGGCAGCAGCUUCAAUCUGUUUGGUAAAUACUGCGAUAAGUAAGGCCCACCCAUCGCCAUGGCAGAAAAUAGCCCAGGCCAGACCUGUGCGUGCAAAGAUAGCAUGUCAUGCUGAAAUCACAAAGAGGAUAUACCUUCCAAAGAGAAGCCUGUGAUCAUAAAUGAGCUAUUUAAGGGUACAAGAGGGUGUGGAGAGAGAGAGUCAGACUGACAUGCAGAUGAGGAGAAAGAGAAAUGCACUGACGGAAGGAGAAAGCAAAUGAGAGAUGGAAACCGCCUCCUGCUGCUUGUAAAAUGUCAGUGGGACCCCAGGGAUGCAUUGAUUAACCUCUCUACUUCUAAUCUGCCUUCACCCCCUCCACCUCCCACUGAAGGCAAACACACACACUGCUGGUACACAGAUGGACAAACUGGUCAAAUUUACAUGAACAUGUCACAAGAUGCUGGAAAGACUCAGUGGUAGAAGUGGAGCUACUUUGGACCUAAAAUCACAAACGCUGUGAUCUCUUCUCUCUCGCUCUCUUCAUUUCUCGCCUCUUGACUUGAUUGAAAGUGCAGACUGUUUUUACAUAUUUAGAUUUGAAAGGGAAUGAACUGAAAAAGAUUUAAAAAAAAAAAAAAUCACCAAGCCAUCUAAAACUCAAUUUAGUUCAAUUCAGCAUCACUCAACUCAGUGCAGAUCAAUGAUUUUAAUAUCAGGCAGUCACAAACGGCUGUUUUCAGUAUUGACACGACUAAUGGUCAUUUCCAGAUUCAAUCAUUAGUCAUUACUAGAAAGCUGUAGCAAUGUUGAUAUAUCUGAGUUCAUAUGGAUGUCUAAAGAAAGUAUUUUGAGCCGGCUGAAAGCCAGGCCGGAAAAUAUUCAAUCUUCUUCAUUGUGAGAUGGGAAAGCAGCAAAUCUUUACUGUGGAGUUGACGGUCGAGUCAAUCGUUGGACAAAUCAUUCUUACUUGAUUUCAAUACAUCUUUGUCUUGUAUGUAUGAGGGAAUCUAUAGGACACUUCUGAAUCACAGUUAUAAAAGCCAACCUAUGAUAAAGAGUGAUCACAACAAAAAAAAUAUAAUACACAAAUACAGAUACAGACAGAGUCUUCUCCAUGUACUCUGGGUUCAUAUAGUCUGUUUUUCUGUACCUUUGUUGAAAGCUUAUGGAUAUAGACAAAACCUUGUGUGGAACUAUUAUUUUAUGAAGACAAUUUAUUGCUGCAUACAAAGAUUUACAAAUGCGUGCAUACAUCCGAAAUCUGUAAAAUGAUCCAGUUGCAUCAUAAGUCCACAAAUGUGAACACAGAUCUGUAAAUAUUAAAACUGAACUGCAAAGUUGUGUACCCAUUUGUGGAUGCAUGCGCACAUUUGUAAGCUUUUUAUGCAUUUUCAGUGUUUUUACUCACUCAGAUCAGUGAAUGCAUUUGUAAAUCAGAUCACACAUUAGUGGCUACACUUAAGCAGUUGUGAAUCUUUGUAGGCUUAUGUGUUCUUUUUAUUUUAUUUGAUUUUAUUUUUUAUAACAAUAGUUCAUAAAAUUGCUGUACCAUGUGGGGGCAGUGUUGAGCAGCUAAGCCAACAGUUCAAACCAAGAAAAAUAAUGCAAAUGGUACGACUUUAUGAGGAAAGGUUAUGCAAGUUUGGCGCCUUGCCUACUUCCAGUAUUUCCUCUUUGCUAACAGAUACACGUUCAGAAUCCAUUAAUGCUAUUUUUUGCCAGCAGAAACCUUUGACUCUUCUUCUGUGGUGUAAAUUUUGACUGAGUGGUGCCUUCUAGUGGAUGCAUAACAAAAUCAAAGGACACAAGGGACUAUGUUAGUCGUGACAUUUCAGUAUUUUAAAAUGUACAUAUAUAUCUGCAGUUGUUUGAAUUAUAUUGUCUCCUGCAAAGAUGGUUGAAUUUUCAAUUAGCCUUUUAACUUACAUUUUAUGGAUUUGGUCAAAAAGAGUUUGGUGUGCACCAGAAUAACAAAUCCCAACGAGAGUAAUUAUUACAAUUUCAUUUAAACCAGUCAGUGUUUAUAGAAAUAUUAAAAGAUUCAGGACUCAGAAUGAACUCCAGUUACUAACUUUCUUUUUGUCUCCUCUCUCUCAACCCUCUUUUCUCUGGCAGUUUGCUCCCAGUUCUCCAAAGGUGUGUACGCCAUCAUUGGUCUGUAUGACAGGAAGACGGUCAACAUGCUCAUGUCCUUUUGUGGAGCGCUGCAUGUCUGCUUUGUCACGCCGUCCUUCCCCAUCGAGACGGCUAACCAGUUUGUGAUCCAGCUGAGACCUGAGCUGCAGGACGCUCUAGUUGGAGUGAUUGAGCAUUACGGAUGGAGCAAGUUUGUCUACAUGUACAGUUCUGACUCUGGUAGGAAAUCUACUCCCUAUUAACCAAUCAUCAUGCUGUUAAUUUCAUAUAAUUGUUCAUUCACAAACAUGCAUCCUUCAAGCCUUAUAGACAGAUGUGAUAAUUCUUGUUUUAAGAAUUAAGCGAUUGUUUAACUGCAUUCAUCAUUUAUCACCACCAUGAGAGAAAAGCAUUUCCACUUUUAAACAUGCACAUUAAGACUAUUGAAGUCAUUAGAGAUACCACCAUUUGCUAACCUCAUAUUGCCAUGGCGACAGCAAUAGGUUCAUUCAUAGCCAUUGUACAAUCAACAGCCUUCAGAGCGUUAUUUCAGGCCACCGUCUUUGUACUGACAGAGGACAGAGUAACAGAACAUUGACCUGCACUGAAUGGUAGAUAAAUCGCACAAUGGGACAAAAGAUGCAGCUUUUCAUUGAGUGGUCCUCAGCAGUAAGCAAUUUCUUUGUCAGUAGUAUGCCAGAAGAAAAAAAAAAAACAACACAAAAGGUGCUGUAGCGUUUAGUUGAAACAUCUCAACCACUCUCCUGCAAGAGCAGACAGAAAUAAAGCAGGACACACCUGUCAGCCUCCUGCCUCCUCCUUUUCUUCUCAUCUCCAGCCAAUCAGCUAAUACCUUCACAUUAUGUCUUGCCAUCUGUUCCAGGUGUUGGGGGUUUUAGAGCAUGAAGCGUGUUUUUUUUUUGUGUAUGCGGUUUCACUUUGGAAAUUGCAAAUUCUGCACACAUGCGGCAUGAAGGCUUCUUGCGACAGUUAUCUGCUCAUGUCUUUGGAUUGGUUGAGACAGAAGCAAGCUUAAGUAAGCUUAAAAAGACAGAUGCCGUCAUGUCACUGCAAAGCAAACACUGACAGGAGAGAUUUUAAAGUGAUCUCUAACACCGUUGAUGUGUGAUGGCUGUAACUUCACACACGUCCUACAGAUUUUUUCUCUCUUCAGUGAUUCCUUCAUUAUCCCCUCAUGCACUCUUGCUUUUGUGUGUUUGUGAGAAGGGUCACCCUUGUGUGAUUGAGUGGUGGGAUGAAGCCAUUGGAAACUGUAUUAGUAGUCCUCUGUUGCCUGGAUACAACAGAGUAGUCACCCUUCCUACGGGGUUAUUUUAAGCCUUAAAAAAAAACAUGUUUAGUUGAGCAAGCAUUUGUCUGGAAUAUGUGUGUGUGUGUGUUAUCUUAUUACAACAUUUCCAGAUUAAAGAGUCUAUUAAAAGGGCUAAUUAUUUUAUUUUAUUACACACCAAGCUUGAGUAAGAUCAUCUACUCGCUUAGAGAGGAGGAUUUCCUACAUAUCACGUCAGUCUGUUCACAUCAAACAUAGCAGAGGUUAACCACACCUCCAUUUUCCACAUGAGUGAAUCCUUUCCUGUCUGUUGUUGACAUGUGUCACUGGGUAUCUCCAUGCUGAUUGGGUUUCACGACACAAUUAUCAAUCAACUCUCAUGAAUAGAUGUUUGAAUUAAGUUGUGCAUUGGACAUGACUCAAAUUCGCACAAGAAUCAGCUUAAUUCGCUUUGCGCUGCACGAUUUGCGUCUUUUGCAUUGACUUUUAAUUUAAUGAUUUUACUGGCACUUAGCGUGAACAUAAGGUAAGAGCUGUAUUCAUAUUACAUAUUUUCAAGUAUGUUUCCAGUACCUGAUGUGGUCAAGGAUAUACAAAUAUCUAUGUGAAUUGUUCACCUUCCAACAUUUCAAGGUUUUUACUAUUUAUUUUACUAUAAGCAUCUGUUUCACUGUCUUACAUGUGCAGCAUCAGCUACAUAAAGUGUCUAUCUUAAAAAAAAAAAGAAAAAAGACCAAGAAUGAAAAAAAGAUAGCCCAUUAAGUCUAUCAUAAACAACAUUAAGGAAAUGGUUUCCUUAGAGUGUUAUUUCUCUCCUUUCAUUUCCCUGGUCCCCGGGUCCCCGCGUUUUGCCUCCAGUCAGGAGGACGCUCAUGACAGCCAGAUUCCAUUAUGAUAUAAUUCUCUUCCAAGAUGCCUUUGGAGGACCUGUUUUUACCUUGGCCAGUCCUGCGAGUCUCCCCGUCAAGCUGGCUCUGAUUUAUAUGGGUGCAUCAGCCACAUACCUACAUUUAAAAAUAGAGAGAAGAUAUUCAGUGGAAACAAAGUAAGACAAGAGGGAAAAAAGCUGGAAGGAAAUAAAUGGAAGAUAUAAAAAUACAUGAGGUGUAAUGGUUCAGCCAUACUGAAGAUAUUAAGAGGGGAUUAAAUAUAUUAACAUGCACAACAAACAGUAAAUUUUUGAUGUGAUGCAAGCACUAAUGGUUGCCUGUCUUGGCAUGGUCAUUUGCUGUGAUGUAAUGCACACAACACACAAAAAGAUAAACACAUAUUCACAUUAGGAAACAACUAAGAUAAAAAGAAAGUUUGAAGAAAUAAAAGGAAGUGAACUGUUUCAGCAGGGCAGACAGUUUUUUAGCUGAUGGUGCUGUCCAUGGUGCUGAAACCUUCACCGAUACCAAGGCUCAGCUAUACAAAUGCUGUUCGUUUCCUUUUCAACCAGAACACUGGCUGUGUACAAACAUAGACACCAUGCUUCCCCCUCCUCCCAUUGUGACAAGUGAAGCCAAAAUUCUGCUUUGAUCGGUGCGGACUCAAGGACUGGGUAGACCCUUUCCACUGACUAAAGCACGCAUUUAAAACAGAAAAGAGCACUCAAGUUGAUGCUGUCAACAAUAGAACUGAUUCCUUUUAUUUGUUAUUUGUAUGCUUCUCAUAAUAACAAGAUUGUUUCUCACACGUUCACCACUCAGUUAUUCAGUGCAAAACAAUUGGGAAAAACUCAAAGGUACUUAAGCUCAUAAAUACGAGCACAAUUAGAUAAGACAAAUAAGUUGUCAAUCAAUCAUGUUAAGAUAAAAUAAUAACACAAAGAUAAUGCACACUUGCAUUCAAUCAACACAAUAAGAAUUAACUUUGUUUACAGCUGUUUUUAAUAUGAUUUUCCAGUUUCACUGCAGCUAGUCAUCAAGAGGAGCUUUUAGACAUAUGGCUUCACUCAGGGUAGCUGUAGUUCUGUCCAUUAUUUCAUACAGUCUGUAGGCAGGAGCCACUGACUUAUUUCACCACCAUGAUAAACGGCCUCCUCUAUCCUCAUGUUGAUCAUCAGUUUCACUGCUCCAAACCCGAGCACCAAACAUUUCAAUUCUUCACUCAUGAGCAGCAGUCAAAGGAAAAAGAUGCAAUGAAAGGUCUCAUAUAUCUCCAUGUUCCUUGCCAGCAGUAGUUUACCAUUUCUGAGAUGUCUAAUUUGUUUUUAUUUUCUGUAUUGUGGUCAUACAUAGAGGUGAAAUGCCAUCCAUCUUUGUGUUUCUUAAUGACCUGGUGUCAAACAGGCAGCAUGAAUUGCCUGGAGAGCAGCUGGUGUGCAUUGUAAUAAAGCCAAGCAAUCAUAUUUCAGAGGCAGUGACUGCAUCCCUCAUUUGUUUUUUGACAGGGUUUGUGUUGUUGUUGAACAUUUGCUUAAUAUGCAUAGAAAGCCUGUAUGGACAUAGGCAAACAAGCCUGGAGGAGGAUAUACAGAGCACUACAUACUAUAUAUCAGGUCCAUAGUGGCUUUAACCAUGUUUGCCAGCUUUGUGCAACAAACACAGCUACAUCAUGUAUUACUUUAGAUUUCUGCAUUUUGUAAUUGCUAUAAUUCAUUUUAGUAAUGGCUGCCAGUCUGCUGCGGGUGAAAUUACUUUAUUUACUCUGUGGAACAACUGUGACUGCCAGCUUGAGAGGAAUCUGAUUGGUCUGCCGCCAGCAGCAAAAGAGUACAACAGUGAGUCAGACUGUAAAUCAGAGCUCAAGAUCAAUGUGUUCUCUAAUCGCCUUUUAUUUCCUGUCUUAGCAUGAGCCCUUAGCUCAUUGGCCGCCUCAUGUCUUUCCCUAUGAUGCUAAAGUAUCUCAGCGGCAUAUCAGUGACAGUGUAAUUGAGUAACGGCUCCGAUAAUUGGUGCUUGGAGGAUGUAAAGCUGGCUGUGACCGUGCAGUCUGGGAUGAUGCACAGGCUGAUUAUUUGUUAGUGUGGAAGUGGUGAUUAUUUAGCCUGGCCCUGUAUGAUCUGGAAACCACACCUGCAUGUGUUGGUGUGCUUAAUGGACUUUUACUCUUUGUGUGCUUUAUCACUGAAGCUACAGGGGAGAUCCUGAUGGAUAAACUUAUCAAGAGCAGUUUGGCUUUCUGCACAGUUUCUGUUUUGUUCUCAAGAUGUUUUAAUUUAUCUCUGGAGUUGUUACCUCUCACAGUAUAAGAUUAAAAUUCUCACAGUUUAUGUCUCUGUCAGCGUAAUGAAAUAUAGACACUUGUAGACUACUUUGUAAAAUUCUGAAAAGUCAUCCAUCACUUUAUUCCUUAUACUUUCUUCAGGAAAUACCCCUGCAGAGAGUCAGCUCCAGCGGCUUCUCAUUUCUUACUUCCUGAAAUUUUCCCAAAAGUCUCAGAGCUUUACCCUCCCCUUCUCUCCUCUCCAGGCCUGUCAGUGCUGCAGAAGGUUCUGGACACAGCUGCAGAGAGGAACUGGUUGGUGACUUCAGUGAAUGUGGAGACCAUGACUGAGGCCUCCUUCUUGAAAGUGUUCCAGGAUUUGGACAAGAGAAAAGAGGGCCAGAUUAUCAUCGACUGUGAGACUGAGAGGCUCACUGGCAUCCUUAAAAAGGUAACAAGCUCCCUCUGUUUUGCAUUUUUACAGGAGAUUACAUAAGAGUGUUGCGAUAUAUAAUGCAAUCUCAGCUUGAAGAGUGUAACCUCAUUACAAAAGAAUAAAAUAAAUUCUGUAUGUUAUGCAUUAGCUUCAUAUUUAUUACUAUCUCCUUUUGGUCUUUCAUAAACAAAUUGAUAUUGAGCUGCAUGCAAAGGUUAAAAGAUCUUCAGAAGAAUAUAUUGAACACAUUUAGCAUGCACAUGGGAGCGAGGCUGUGCAUGAGUUAAUCAGAUGAGGCAGAGAAAGAGUGGGAAGAUAACAAUGAAAAGUGGGGGGUUGGUUGGUGGUCUUCCGCAGGGGUUCAGUCUCCUGCAGCAUCAAGGACAAAAAGGAUAAAUAACAUGGCUUUGGUUUAAGAGUCUGAAAUUCUCCUCUGAUAGGAUAAUCACUCCUUCAUCUCUCUACUGUGUGAAAUAAAAUGAUUUUGGAAUCACAGCUAAAUGCCUCUCUGACUGUAACCCCUCACCCAAACAGAGAUUGUCCAAUCACAUACUGGCAGCCAGGCAUGACAGGUCUGCAGGCUUUGGAUCUCACUGCAGGUUUGAGUGGUGUACAUGUGACUGGUGCAAUCGUAAUCUUCAGCAUGUGUUGAGCAUGGAUGGAAGUGAGUUUAUCCAACCCUUCUUUGUAGCUAACAGUAAAGGAAAGGUGUUAGCAAGCAAAUCUAGGCUGCAACAUUGUGUAGCCAAGCUUCUCAUUGUAAAAGCAGUAACAGGAAAUAGGCUUAGCACAUCCACUUUGGUGAGAGACUUUUGGGUGUUAUUAAAAUAGUAAACUAUAUUAAGAAUAAGAAUACCUUUAUUUAUCCCUGAAGGUAAAUUCAAUUGUCUGUAGUCUCAUUUGUCAUGUCUAAAAAAGUCAUCUACUAUUUGUAGAAGAAUUGCAAAUUAUAUUGUAUUGUAUAUUAAAGGUCUAAAGCUUUACUCCAAACUGUGCAUGAGACAGACAAUCAAUCAAUCAAUCAAUCUUUAUUUGUAUAGCAUAUUUCAUACAAAACAAAACAAUGUAGCACAAAGUGCUUUACACAGAAGACUAAAAGAAACAAAGAAUACCCAACUCUACCCCACCCCACCCCCCCAUUCCCAUCCCACAAUCCAAGCACAACAGAAAGAGUAUUUAAAUGUAUUAACCUGGAAAGACCUCAAUUUAGUAGAAACAGGAAUAUUCACACUAAGGAAACAGCAUCUUGAAAUCCAAUAUGGGGAAACACUGCAGGUGAGGUUAAAACCUAAAGACAAAGUAACAUAAAAUGAAAUUAAAGAAAUAAUAAAUAAAAUGAAAUACAAACAAAAGUAAAAGAUACUAAAAUAAGAGCACCAAAACAGCUCAAUAAGAGACGAUCCUGACAUCGAAACUAGACAGAGAUAAAUGCUAAAACACUCUAACAAGUUAAGUUAAUGGUAUAAAAUUUUGUUAAAAGCAAGACUAAAAAGGUCCACCUGUUAAGAAAAAAACAACAACAAAACAAAACAAAAAAAAACUCAGUCAUACCAAAGUUUUAGCCUGGAUAAUGUCGCCUCAGCUGUAGACCAAGUCCACAUGCGUACAGAUUUUUUUGGGAUAUUAUUAAAACUUUUCUCUCUGAAUUCAAAAACAUCAGAGGUUCAUUUUUAACAUUCUUCUGUCCACAUCACAACCAAAAAAUAGUUCAAAACAACCUCACAAGCAUAUUUAACACCACAGAGAAAGGAUGUACACAUGCAAAUUAAGGGUCUGUGAGCAACUUUCUUUAAACUGGUUACAGAGUAGCAAAUUAAAAAAGAACACUGGUUGUAAUAUGUUUAGUUCCCCAUGCAUCAUGGGAUGAUAACAAAAGAAAGCUAGUUAAACAUGCAAUUAACCCCAACAGUUCCAAGCACACAUAAGUGGUGGUCUAUGCUAGUAUAGUGCACAUGUUCUACAUAUACACAACAACAUGGAUGGUGAUUUGAAAAAAUAUCUGCUUUCAAUGACACAAAAAACUUGCCUAGUUGCAAAAAACAAGCUAUGUUUUAAAACUGAGUGCACAGGGCCUUAGUCGACCUCAGUCUUAGUCUGCACUACAUACUUUAUGAAACCAGGAAGUGACAUUUUUUAACAAUAUGAGAUUUCUUGUCAGAUCCAAAGCCAGCUUCCACAACCGAUUCACUUACAUUAGUCUUAUUGUUGGCUAGGGAGAGGUUUCAUUUACGGUGUUAAAAUUGAUUCUCUCCUGCUGGAAAUAAAAAAAGCUGCAUCCACCAAAGUGUAAAACCAAGAGUCUAUUGCAGUUAUUUAAUCUUUCAUAGCAGUGUUUUGGCAUGCAUAGCAGUAAAAGCAGUUGCGAAUGCCACCUUAAUGGGCUGGCGUCAGUAUAUUGCCAUGCUUGAUAGCUUACUGGUAAAGCUGAGCUAGACAGUAAAUGAAUCCGAGCAAUCACUAACUUUUUUUUUUACCUGCUUUCUCUGCAAUUACAAGACAAAAUGACUGUCAUGGCUGAACUUGAAGAGCGCAUAUGCGUCACACAAGAAGAGAAAGCUUGAUAGACACAGCAACCAUAACCAAGAAGGGGCCAAUAAAUGAUGUUCAAACAAAACAGACCCUAGAAGCAGUUCAUCCACUCAGUUAAUUAUAGUCUUAAAAAUGUAAACACAUUUAUAACCCUUUUCCCCUGCUGAUAUGUUGUUGUUUUUCCUGUUGCAUUUCUCUUUCUUUCCGUUCAUUGCUGUGAAAAAAAGCACACACACUUGCACUUUUAUGUUGUUCCUACGGCGCACACAAAGAGACAGGCCCCAUCUGUACGCGUAAGCUGUGACUCCUCAGUGUGAAUGUUAUUGAUGGCCUGGUGUCUACAGUUAAGGUUAUUGCAUCAGUUCUCACCAGUUUACAGAAGCUGAGCCUGAGAAUUUCACCGUUCAGACGGCCACCAUCAAUCAUCCACAUCUGCUCCCUUCCUCUGCGCUGCCCUGUGUGUACACCCAAACAGCGACAUCCACACACAAACACACAUAUUCAUAUGCACUUCUGCUCCCCCUGCCCUUUAAACUCACCCAUGUGUUCAUCUCCUACGUGUCAUACAGUACACAGUAUCUACUGCGAUAAUGUCGCUGACAGCACCCCGAGGGUGACUUCUUGUAAUAACUGAAUAUUGAUGUAGACUCAGGGGGACAUUCACCGCAACAGAAGAGCUACCUCAAAAACCUUUCAGUGUGCUUUCUUCCAUCAGAGAAACAAAAAGUGACCCACUCUCUUGGGGCUGAACUCUGAAUGACUCUUCAAAUCUGCAUGCAUUAUUAAAAAUCCACUUGCAUCCAAACAUUUCCAUCUGACGGUCCACUGUGGCAGCAGUGUGUGUGUUCCUCCCCAAGUGUCGAGUAUAUUGGUGUCAAUGUUGGUGUGUGCCUCUCCUCUCCUCCCUCCCUGCUAGUUUUUCCUUGCCUGAGGCUUGGCUGCAGGGCCUGCCUUGUGCUGGGGUCACCAUUAAUAACAAAUGCCACCUUCUGUCAUGACCUACAGCAUCAUUACACACGCACACGCACAAACAAACGCAUGCACCCCCCUGUAGUACACACAAGGGGGGAUGCUCAAAGAGAGGAAGAGGGGGUAGAAACGUGUGAGGUCAUGCGUAGUGCCGGAAAAGACCACUGAAUGAGCUUCUUACUGCUCUGCUAAAGGCUUUUAAUUGGACUGAGCAUGGCUUUGAAUAGUCGCUGCCCACUCUGCCUUCAUUUAAGUGAGUGCCCAGUAUGCCGCGAUGACACACGUAUAUAUAUUAGCUGCUGGGCAUUGUUGAACUUGGCAGUCGCCACCAGCUAGACAGGGAAAUCUACUUUAAAAUGUCACUCAAAGUGUUCUCCAAUUUUGCUCAUGUCAUUUCUAAAUAAACCAGUUCUGGCAGUUCACUACACCUCUCACUGUAAUGUUCAAACAGCCCGACCCUCUGUGCUUGGCUGACCAGCAAAGCCUGCAGGUGAAAAAUGACAGCAGUGCCAGCAGGAGUUAGAGGGAGUGUAGGUGUAAGAGAGGUGGCCUGUACACUGUGCAGCAUUAAAAGAGUUCAUUAUUUGGUGGUAUUGUUAGACCCUGAUGGAGUCUUAGGGAGAUAAAAUAUUCCAAGUUAUUCGAGUAUGAGACUAAAGAUUAAACUAUGGCUCUCAAGGGAGCUAUUUAGAGAAUGUAAGUCAAGGAAGGAAGAGGAACAGGGAGGGAAGCAUAUCAUGGCGUUAUUGCUACUAUCUCAGGUAGAGGGCAAGGACUUCAUGAAGCAUAGACAAAGGGCUCUAUUUUGGUGCCUCGCCGGAGACGUGCCGCAAGCGCAGCGUCAGUCAGAUCCGCCGUGCUGACAAGGCGUUCCCAAGCACAUUUUGGUAUUUUGGUGAGCCGCGCAGCCCAGCGUAAGUAUCCCCCCUCCCUAACUCAGCUCCUCCCAGCACCAUAAGUAGUAGACGGGGAGUAGAAAGGGCGUGUAGUUGGUUUAACACAGCCGAGACCUGUUUUCACCAAUCACAUAGGCUCCUCUCCUUGCCUUUAAAUCCGCCACAGGCGAGGCGUAUUACUAUUUUCAUGGAGUAGUCAAAGAGAUCAAGAGAUGUCUUAAGACAGUAAUGCCACAAGAUGGCGACAGAGGGCAGCUCCUCAACAAGUGUCCUCCACACUCUCUCAUAUGAGCACAGAUGGAUUUAGUGUGCGUAAUGUUGGACCCACUGGUAAGACAAACACCCGUUUCCACAAAUAAAGACACUCACAUAAAGUUGCUCAUAUUCAAACCUCACGUGACAAAGGUCGGUUGAGCGCACAGAUCACAACAUAAACUCCAAAAAUGGCAUUAAAAUUGGAACCAUCUGUGCGUAAAUGACGCAUCGCGCUCCGUGGCCUGGCUCUUUCUUUCAUAGAUGUUGGGAUAUAAAAUAAAUUUGGCUCACAAAACUGAACAUUAUAAUAUCCGUAUGUCGGCUUAAAGUAGAUAACGCAUCUGAGCACUGAAACAAAUCAUCUGUUCAGCUGCAGCAGCAGCAAGACGGACAGAGGACACGGAGACGUGUCCAGGUCGAGCUGUGCGAGAAAUAAGAGGAAGAGGAAGAAAGAAAAGGAGGGAGACGAAUUACAUAUCUUGUUAACUUCAUCAUGUGUGUAUAUUUACUAGAUAUUUAAUUUAAUUUGAUGCGGUUUCAGCUGUGUUGAUUCGGUCAGGUUGUGUGUCCAAACGCGUGCCAAACGCGCUCAUCAGAUCAGAUAUAGAUCAGAAUAUAUCGAUAUAGAUCUAAAUGUAUGUGCUGACUCAGAUUAAUAGUUGAUGAUGAUUAUUUAUUGCACUGUAAUGUGCCUGACACUGUGGAAACCUGCCGGUGAGGCAUCAGUGACGUAUGUCAAUACGCCGCCGGUCUACCAAAAUACUACAAGACCAGCUGCGUUCCGCCUUGCGCUGAAAGCUGACCAGGUUUGAAUCGGCGAGCUUUCAGCGCACGUUUCACGCCGGUGGCGAGCACGAAAAUGUCACUGCGCCAGCUGAUUCUGUCAACACCUCCCCCUGCCACGCCACCACGCCCAGCUUGGCGGAUCUCGGCUCGCCUCCGUGCGAAUCAGUCCACGAAAAUACCAAACUCGCCUUACGCCGGGCUUCACCAGACGAAAAUACAACUGCGCGGGGCUCGCCGCCCUCCGCCGCCUCACCGGCGCGAACGAAAAUAGAGCCCAAAGUCUCAGUAGAUGGGUGUCUUGACCAUUUGUUGCAGACUAACCUGGUUAUCAUCACAGGUUUGUUAUGUAGUUUAUUUGGAAAUCACCUCAACGUUUGUCCCCAUUAGAUGAACUCAUGCCCAUGUGUCUUUGAUUGCCAGCUGCUGGACACUUGUGAGCUUAGGUUAAGAGACAUGUGAGACCAUGAGAAGAGAGGCUGGCUGGGAACCGCCCAACCCACUAAACAGAGCCCUCUGCUGUAGGGUUGGGUGAUAAACCGAAAGUUUGCAGAUACUGAAAUUUACAACAAUAACCAACGUCAUUUUGCCCAUAUAGGUAUAUUCGGUGUAAAAAAAUGAGAAUAAAUAAAAGUUGGUUUGGAUGUAUGUAGGUAGGCUAUGGUCUCUAUGUCUAUGUCCCUAAGAGCUAUGUCCCUUUAAGAUGCUGUUCUACAUCAGAGUCCACCCCAUCUAGUCCGUAACAAAGAGGGAAAGACAGGUGAGGAGAUGAAGUUAAUAUGGGAGAGGGUGAGCAGCUUGUGGAGUAGUUAUCGUCAAUUUAUCAUUAUCGAGGUGAACUGCUCAAUAUACCUUGAUAUUGAUUUGAGGCCAUAUCGCCCAGCCCUACUCUGCUGUGUUUGGCCUAAGUUGAACUUUGUUGAGGGAGAUUGUAGCUUUUGUGGACACCGCUGUGCUACAUGGUGAGAAAACAUCUAUCCUACUGAAAAGCUCUGUGAUCCAUGAAGCAGCCACAAAGCUACUGAAUAGUCAAGCUACUGAUGUCACCAUUUGCCACACCAUUACUGUCCUUCACUGAGUACGGAUGAGAACCAACAAUCUACGUAUGGAUCACCUUUAACCUUUAGUAUUUCAAAUCUUACACAUGCAUAUAUGUAGUCUCAGCGAGCAACCAAGGAUCAAUUCAAUGCAUGUUACGUGUUUGAAAACAAUUUAGAUGAAGUGUAGGAUGUGUCACGUUAAAUGUCAGUCAUCACACUUGAAAAGCAACAGUCAGCUGUGGGUAACAGAUAACAUAGCACUCUGAAUCUCUAAAUAAAAUGUUGUAUAGAGCCGGCAACUGGGUUAAUCACUUGGAAACACUAUUCUAAGCGCAGGCCGCCAAAAGAGAUAAAAACAAAACAACAACACAGCAUGAUCGAAUAUAAAAAAUACAAUAACUAUCAUAAGUGGUCUGAAGAAAUCAUAUCAUAUACAAAGUUCAACAGCAGUCUCUCCUGUUUAGAGUUAAUUUGGCUUAUACCUACAUUAAACUCUUGCAGAACAGCAUCAUCAUCAAUUUAAAUAAAAUAUAUAUGAGAGUUCAUUCAUGCUUCUCCAGUCAGUGGUGUUUCAGUCGUUGCAUUACUGAGAAAGUCUAAAGAUGAAACAGCCCUCUGAACUGUGAACAGCUUUAGCAGUAGACACGGGCGUCACCAGAGGAAACUUGAGGAACUUUAAUGAGCAUAAGGACAUUAUUAGUUUAAUAAUAAUUUAAUAUUUUAAAAGUUUAAUAUUACAUGUAAUAUAUUUUUAGUAGCUGAUUGUAAUUUUACAUUAAAAAAAGAGUUUUGUUUGUUUCCACGCCUGUUGUUAAUGACCUUAAUAACUGGCUUAUAUCCUAAAAUACAUGCAGCUGCUGUAUGUUGAUGUGUGGAAAGAAAGAGAGAGACAUCUGUAGUCAAUAAUUUUAUCUAACUUGCUCCAGAACAGUCAUAUUCUAUUAGCUGCCUUAAUGCGUUUAUUAUAUGUUGUCAGUAAACGGCAGCUGGUAAUUAAGGUGUUAAUGUGUCGACUUUGAAGCUACUUGCCUUUUAUUGUGUUGACAGUCUCGUGUUCAGUGCCUCCUUUCUUAUCGACCUACUUUGUGUCUGUCCUGCACAAGGUCAAGUGCUGUUCACUGUACCAGGCACGCUGCUGGGAGACUGUCAAAACCUUAGUCUCUGUUGUAAACACACACAAACGCAGACAUAAACUAUCCUUCUCUUUGUGUAUCACAGGCUUUUUAUUCUCUCUCUCUCUCUCUUUCCCCCGUGUCCUUGUCUUCCAGAUUGUCGAACAAGGCAAGAAUGCAAAGAGCUACCACUACAUCCUGGCAAACCUGGUAAGGAAUCUUUAUUAUAUCACAGCUCCUCAAUCCAGUCAGAUUUCUGCGGAUUUCUUCUGUGUUCUCUUACACCUCAAUUCAAUUUGCUCCACUAUUAAAUUUGUCUUCUAACAGGAUUCCAGACCUUCAGCACUUUAUUGCCAGGUUAAUAGACUUGCAUGUGCCGAAUAAUUUAGCCUAAAACUAUCUGCUUUUAUGUCUUUUAUGUUCUCUCUUCCCAUUUUCCUCCACUGCUCCCUCAUAUAUUUUUUCACUUCACUGUCAGACGUUGCGGCAGCACAGAAUCAAACUAACAGUAAAAAGCACAGACUAGACUGUGACAGACAGAAACAGAAAUCUAUGCAGACUGACAGUGACAGAAAAAGGUCAGGCGGCCUAUGUAUGCAGGCUUAUAUCCAUUAGCGUUCUUUGUGUGCUGCCAUUUUCUCUUCGCAAAUGGUAUGCAGACUCUCACAGCUCUGAUCAGACUCACAAAAUGCAACCAAAUGAAGAGAAAAUUGACAUCAGCAGACGCUGUUGUAAUAACAGCAUUAAUAUGCAGCUGCUGGCUUGAACAAUUUCUCACUGCUGAUUGGCUCAAUCCUCCUUGUCUCGCCGGUUUGCCAGAUUUAAUUUAUAAUGAUAAGACUUGGACGGUAACAACAGCUGAUAGGCAAAGUGGUCAUUUAUUAUGGGCCCAUUAAAGGUUUGCACCAAAAUUACUUUUUCUGUGUCCUUGUACUCUUUCAGGAAUUCCUAAUUUUCUUUCUUUGUGUGUGAAGCUGCAGCUGCAUGUGUGUGUGUGUGUGUGUGUGUGUGUGUGUGUGUGUGUGUGUGUGUGUGUGUGUGUGGGUGAAUUUGAAAGAAAAGAAAAUAGUGUGAUAAAAAAGAGAAAAGGAACAAGAGUAACAAUGAAAAUGUUUUUUUUUUUUUUUUUUUUUAUGUCUGUCGAAAAAACACCCCCCUCCAUGUCCACUGAUAGCAAAGGCUGGUUUCUAUAGUAACCUCUUCAGCUCACUGCACUACAUUAGCUCAUACAUGGAGCAGAAAAAAGACAUAACUCUGACUGUUCACCUGAAAAAUAUGGACACCUCGCAACACACUUAGGGAGAAGGAGGUUAGACAAGGGAGUGCGAAGGGCCGAAUACGUCCUCUUUUCCUUGAUUUCGCUCUUGAAGCUUUAACUAGAAUAUUUUUAAUCACUUCCCCAGUUGACUCCCCCAUGAAAAGAUCUGAAUGUAUAUUUCUUAACAGCCAGCACCUUCAAAACACGAUAUCUUCUCUUCACUGUAUGGAUAUGAGGAUUAGAGAAAGUAGCAAGUGCAAUUUUGAGAGUCUUGGUUUGGCUUACACUUAUGGCUAAGAGAGAGCGAAACCUUCAAAGCACAUGAAAGAAACAUCAGAGCAGGAGAGACAGCAAAAGGACAGAAAAGUGUGUAGUGAGACGGAUGCCUGGCUAGCAGGAGACACUCCAGAGAGGCACCUUUUCUUCUCAUCAGUCAAAAGUUUGCUCUUAAAUCUUUGACAAAUCACAGACAAAUCUUCUCUCCUGCUCCUGUCUCUACUCCCACCCAUUCCCACUUGUCUGCCUCUUCCUCUCCCUACGCUGACAGCCUGCAGCCUGCUGAGAGACCAAAUCUGUCUCUCCCACUCUCUGCCUUUCUCCCUCUCUGAAAAACAGCCUUCUCCACAUAAUAGUCAGGGGAAAAAAUACAAGUAGUAGAUACCAUUACAGUAAAUCGCUUCUUUCUUCAUUCUACUGUGCCUCAGGCAUCCGUGGUAUUGUUCACAUUGGCCUAUAAGGUUUUGAUCCAGCCAUUGUUAACAAUAGCCUAUGAGGACUUAGUCUAUCACAGAUUAGCUUCGGAGGGCUUCUGCCAUGAAAUUAGUUUUUCUUUCUUUCUACUCUGGCCCCUCUGGAAUGACAAGGAGGAGGUUUGCACAAUUGGAAAAACCUCUUUGAGUCGAAAGAAAGAUUUGUCAUUUUCAUUAUGUCAUUAACCUUCACACUUUUGAUGGCUGAGCUUGAAACACUGACAACAAUCUAAUGAGUUACCAUGUUUAUUAGGAGCCCAUUAAAUCCAAACCAUUUUGGCAUGUGACCCCAAGAGACUGAAAUGCCACUUUGUCACAAUUUCUGCAUUAUGACCAGUUACAGCAUAACUAACAUUAAUUUUUAUUGUUUGUUGCUCUAUCAAGUAACCUCUAUUCUGCAGUUCAUUACCUGGGCAAUGCAGUACAAUAUCAGAUAAUACAUUACAAUACGUCAUGAUGAUUUACGUUAUGAUACGAUAUGUUACAAUACGUUAUGAUAUGAUACAUUACGAUACGUUAUGAUAUGAUAGGUUGUAAUACGAUAUGUUACAAUACAUUAUGAUAUGGCACGUUAUUAUAUGUUCCAAUAUGACACGAUAAAUGAAUACAAAAUGAUGCAACACAACAGAAUACAACACCGUAUCCUACCUACACCAUACACAACCAUACGACAAUAUACAGUAUAGUAUGGUGAGAUGUGACACCAUACAAGGCAGCAUUAUAAAAUGCAAUAUAGUUUCAUAUAUGACACAGUAUAAUGUUAUAUCACAUGGUACAAUGAUAUAUAGAGCAAGUACAUAAAAUACAAUGGUAUGCUGUAACUUGAUAAAAUAUGGUUUGACACAAUACAUUAAGAUGUAACACAAUACCAAUGUGAAGCAAUACGAUACGAUACAAUAUGAUAGGAUAUAUGUGACAAGCAAUGAUACAAUUUGAUAAGAUAAGAUAAGAUGUGAUAUGAAAAGAGACGUCAUUGCCCUUUUGGGGAAAACUCUUUUUAGACUCUUUGAUUUCAAGGCCUCAAAAAUACAAAAACCGAUCAGAAGGAUCGAAUGCACUUUUGCUGUAUUUCCUUUCUUUUAUGUUUUUGGUCAAUACUCCUGUUUUGACCUUCUCCGACCCCAAAAAUCCUCCAAAUGAAGUCAUCUCUGAAGAAAUGUUUGCUUUAUGGACUUUAAACUUCUCACAGCUGAAGUCCACAGUGAGUCAUAACCCCCCUGAUGGAAAGUUAGAAGUAUAUAUCGAUCUGUUGUCUUGUGACAACUUUUUGGGGUUGCGUCCCACAGGUGGAGAAAAACUAGACUGAAUGUCAAUGAGGAGUUCUCUGACGACAUUUGACAACAGGGUCCCUUUGGAACCAUGUCUUACCAUCAAACAAGAUUUUUGAAUCACUCUUAUUGAUAUUUUCAGCGGUAGUUUGGAGUGGUUGAAAGAGCAGGAUCACAAUCACAAUCUUGAGCACACAGUAGGACAUGUCUGCCUCUGAAAGGACAUGAAGUAAGACCUCUGUGUGUUUGUGCUGAUUACACAAACUAAACUGAAUCUCUGAAUGGAAUAUAGACAGUAACUUGCUGUAAAUCUGUGAAAAUGUUAUAUUCAUUCACAUAUCCCUUUACUCUCCUUUUUGUCUGCUUAUGUCGGCUCAUGUCUCUCUUUCUCUCUCUCUCUCACAGGGUUUCCUUGACAUUGACCUGACAGACCUGAGAAAAGGAGGAGCAAACAUCACCGGUUUCCAGCUUGUCAACAACUCUGAGCCCAGUGUGAGCCGCGUGGUCCAGCAGUGGCUGGAGUUUGACAACAAAGACUCCAAAGUGCCCAAGACUGGACUCAAGGUACUGCUAGUUGUCCUUCAUUUCAAACUUUUGUCUAUCAUUUUCUAUCCAUAAAGCAGGUUGUGUGUUGCUCCUCUGUCUUGGCUGAAGUGGGUCAAACUGAACCAGGAUCGUAGUUUUUAUGAAUUGCAUCCAUGGAUUUUCUGUGUGAGGUUAUGGUAACAACGACAGGGUUUGUUAUUUCCCCUGUUAGUUAGUUUGUUUGUGACUGUCAGCAGAAUAUUGAAAAGAUUAUAAAGUUUCUAUUUCAUUCGUUGGGCAGAUAAGCCCUGAUCCUUUCUGAUAUCUGCCUUAAAACAGUUAUUGAUUUGUCGCUGUCACAGCCAGAUGAAAUAGAGGAUCAAUUCUAAAUCUGAAGGGUCAUGAAAUUAGCAUUUAAUUUGAGCAAUGGAAAUCAAAGCCUCUGGUGUAGAAGCAGAGCUGGAGGAUUUGUUCAAGAUAUUGUUGUUGUUUUUUUGAAAAUCAUUGAGAUGCUUCAUUGUUGCUUCAGCCAAGACCGUAAUCAGUUUUAUUGCUGUGUUUUCUUCUCUCUCCCUGCAGUACACAGGCGCUCUAACAUAUGAUGGGGUGAAAGUCAUGUCAACAGCCUUCCAGAAUCUGCGGAGACAGAGGAUAGAUAUAUCUCGCAGGGGCAACGCUGGAGAAUGUCUUGCCAACCCACCAGCACCCUGGGGACAGGGCAUAGACAUUCAGAGAGCCUUGCAGCAGGUCCGUGUACACGUACAUGGCUAAUAUGUGCACACGCAUGCUCGUGAAUCCCCACACACACAAACACAUGCAAAUUCCUGAGUGGCACAUCGACUAACCACUGGUGAGCUGGGGCUGGCUGAACAAAUUAGGUCUCAUUCUGUCGCGUAAAGUUCACAUUAAGUCAUAGGAGAGCUCUCCAGUAUCAAAUGUGACAUCACGGCUAGUAAACAAACCUGCGGGCAAUAACACUCACCCGUGAUCAUCAUGAAUCAUGACAUCAGCAAUUGAGUCCAGAAAUGUAAUAUUUGGCCUGGAAACGCAAAUGCUGGACUGGCUGACACACAGACACUCACCCAUUGAAAACUAUCGAGGAAAAUACAGACCAUAUACCUAUAGCUAUAUUUACAAUUACACAACUUAUGACAACUUAGAUAACAUGCAUUGCAAAUGUUUGUGGCUGUAUCUAGUAACCUCUUUUCUGCAGUUCAUUACCUGGGCAAUGCAGUACAAUAUAGUAUAAGACGAUACAUUAUGAAACAUUACGAUACCUUAUGAUACGAUACGUUAUGAAACAAUACGAUAAAAUACCAUAUGAUAUGUUAUGGAUACAAAAUUAUGCAACAUUUGGCCUUGAAAUGCAAAUGCUGGACUGGUUGACGCACAGACACUCACCCAGGGAAGACUACGUGUAUCGAGGAAAAUACAGACCUUUUACCUAUAGCUAUAUUUACAAUUACAUUAAAAGAGGUUUUGGAGACAAAGUUUUCAAUUAAAAAGACUAUUAAAGAUCAAAUAUGUUAUUUACUCGCUGCGUAAUACAAUUUGAAUUAACUACGGAGGUAAAUUAAUUGUUUGGUAUUUGUGAGGGCAUAUUUAUAAUUGCAUGUUAGAGUGGAUGUAAGUGUGUAUGCAUUUUCAGCCCGAGGCUCUGUCUGCAGAGUGGUUGUGCAGAGGCCUGCGCAGAGUCAAUCUAACCAUCUGCCUGCGGAUAGAGAGGAGAUUGAGGCCCCGCUCGCUCAAUUAACUCCAUCACAUGGCCAAGACAAACACACUGCACUGUACACACACAUGUACACCGUCUGUCAUUCACCCCUAUAGGAACCCAGGCUUUAAUAAGUGCUGUACAGACUCUAUUAUGCUUUACAUGCAUCGCGUGGUAAUAUGCAAACGAAGAAAACGGACAGUAUGUACGUCAUGCUGCACAGCAGUCACUAUUUACCCAUCUGCGAGGAAUGUCAGAGACCGUGUGACUUAUUUAAGUCUCUGAUUCUAUUACAGGUCCGUAUAGAUGGAUUAACUGGCCACAUCCAGUUCAAUGAGAAAGGUCGCAGAACAAACUACACUGUCAGUGUCAUGGAGCUUGCCCCUUCUGGACCCAAGAAGGUAAGUCUGCAGCCUGAGUCUCUAUUUAAGGUACUCAGUCUUGUUCAAGGAGCAUGUUUAAAAACCCUCCCUGAUAGCUUAUUUUUGUGAUAACCUUGUGGCCUAUUGUAGGUCCUGACAGCAUUCAAUAAAAGGUGUGCGUGACAGUUUAUCUAACUCCACAGAUUUAAACCUAAAAAAAACCAUAAAGAGACCACUUAAGGGUAUAAAAGUUCUUCAAUGAGACACAUUUAUCAAGAGAAGUACAUCUCUGCGUCAGUGAAAGUGAGCAAGUAACCUUUUAGAGCAGCUUUCAAGUGAUCACAUGAUUAAUCAGGUAUGCUUUGAGCAGGAAAAGACAGAUGGAGACGAGCAUUAAUCCAAGAGCCACCUGCAUACUUCUUUAUCGAAAGAUCUCACAGAACCAAACUGAAACCACAUUAGAGAUAUUAGAUACUAGAGAUACAGAGAUUUUUUUUUUUUUACUGAGUAUUCAAGUAACAACAUGAGUGAAUCAAUUUAAUAAUAAUAAUAAUGCAUCAGAUUUCAUAUAGCGCUUUAUCAGAGACCCUCAAAGUGCUUUACAUUUGAUACAUCAUUCAUUCGCUCACACAGUCACACCCUGGUGGUGGUAAACUACCUCAGUAGUCACAGCUGCCCUGGGGCAGACUGACAGAAACGUGGCUGCCAUUUUGUGCCCACAGCCUCUCCGACCACCACCACACAACACUCAUAAUCACACACCAGUGGAGGACACACACUGGGAGCAAGGCGGGUUAAGUGUCUUGCCCAAGGACACAACGGACAGACUUGGGAUAGGGGGGAAUCGAACCGCCAAUCUUCCAGUUAUUGGACGACCGCUCUACCUCCUGAGCUACUCCCACCUAGUUUUCCUCACUCUGGUACAGGAUGUCUUUCCCAGUCCUCUGAUCAAUACAGGCCCUGGGUUGUAAACAUGUUCUCCUCAUCUCAGGUUGGCUACUGGAAUGAGGAUGAGAAGUAUGUAACUACAGCCAGCUUCAUGAGAGGCAGCAACGAGACCUACGGCCUUCAGAACCGGACCUACAUAGUCACUACUAUCCUGGUAAGUCUUAGUGAAACAGGAAGAUUAAGGCUUGUGGGGGAGGAUGGGGAAGAAUAAAACAGAGAAAGGCGAGGUUACAGUUUUCAUUUUCUUUCAUGAUAGAGUUCUGAAAGUCCAGGCCCCUGAGGGAAGUCAGAGAUGAAAUAGUGUUUCUUUUGGGUGUUAUGAUACUAAAAGUGUUUCCUUUAUGUGGUUUUGAUUUUUCCUCUUACUUUCCAAAACCACUAAACUCACCCACAAAAAAGAGACAGAAUCUCUGAGGCUGUCCGCUGAUACAUAUUCAUAAUAUUGUGGAUAACUGCACCUGGACACCUUUGUCCUGAAUUUCUGGAUAUUCCUGUAUUCUUCAUUCGGCUGAGACGGCACCAUCAGGCUGUUCAAAACAACACACCAGGAUGUUUCAAGCGUCUCGGCCUACAUAACAAAGGUGGAGCAUCAGCACUCACUGAGAGCUUGAAAACAGCGCAGCACAAAUUCAAUCUGUCCAGCUCAUGUGGCUCUCAGGUUACCAUGACAUUUCCUCAAAAAAGAAGAAAAAAAAGCAACACAGCUGGCAAUUUCUGGCUAAUAAACAGUAGCGGGUAAUAACAAUGGCCAUACUGUAUAUCUUUGCAGGCACAGGAUGUUCCCAGCGUCUGCAUCUUGAUGAAAAUUUAAUAUCAGAGAAUACUUCCAGUCUGGAAAAGCCUGGAGCCCAGCGCUGAUCCUUUUUGUACUGCUGUUAUACUUCUCACGUGGGAUUUGCUUUUAUCUUUGGAAAUCUCUGUUCCUGGUAAUUCUGUUUGACUUGGAGCAGAUAUUCAAUAGCAAACCGAUAUAAGGGAAGCCAUACAGUGUUGGUGUGAAUGAACUCUAUUGUAAAUUCUGUAUGUACUUUCCUAUAAAGAGAUACACUACAAGCUAAGUGGGGGUGGUACAAGAAGGAACAUAGGCAUACUCCAGUCUUUGCAGUUCUUUUAUAGAGGUAAGCAUUUAGUCAAGAACCUUGUAGCAUCAAUAGGAGACAUCGAAACACAACAAUGUACUGUGACAUAACCAAUGUGAAUCAUCAGACAAUGCUGCAUUCGUGUCACAAUACAGGAUGUAAAUGUCAGUAUCUGAGUCAGGAAAACCUUUUAAAGCAGCCUUUUAUUUGUUGUUUGGAUAUUGACAGUUUAAAAGCAACUGCACAAUAUGUGCCUGAUGUCACCAAAGCAAUGUCGAAAUGAGACUGGGACUGAAAGCUAUAGAGUAAAACGGCCCUGAAUGCAUUUAGAUACCUACAACCAAUCAGAGCUGCAAGACUUCGUGCGAGGCUGUAUAGUUCGGUAAUUGGCUCAAACAUCAGAUUCAUACUGCUUCAUGUUCAUUAUGUUACACAGAUGAUUUGCAUGACAUAUGUAUAAUGGGAGCUGCAGUCCAUAGUGUCUAACACAGAUAUGGCACGAAUUUAAGACAAAGGCGUACAACAGUGGUGGACAUCUCAUUUCUCUGUGAUACUGUGUACUGAUUUUCAUGAAAUUUGUUUCAGAUUAUACAAUGGUUUAUGAUUUGCCAGCCUUGGAUGGAAAUAUUUUACUGAGGGAGACCAGAUUCACCUAUUUGAGCCAAAAAAAAGAGUUAAAACAAAAGGCGUCAUUCACCAACUGUUCUUGAGAAAAAUCUGUCCUCGAAACCCAGUGGGACAGUUUUGAAGAAGAUUCUGACAUACACCAAAGUUUUCUCAACAGAGAUUUGUUCUGAGCAAAGAAGAGAAAAUAUGUUAACACUUUAGAGCAUAAUUACCUGUAUUUGAUGACAUGCCAGGAUUUCCCUCUUUUUGUACAUUUAUUGGAGGACAAAUAUUAAUACACGCUUGCAAGUAUGGUCUUCAGCCCCCAUAAUUUUAUGAACUGUGGUACACUAGUUUAAAGGACCACUAUUAUGUAAUCGUGGUAUCAUUUUAAGCACAAUAUCAAAAUCUAUUUUACUUUUGUUUUUUUCUUAAGACAGAACUGGUUACAGUGUAGUAGUAUCCCCAAACCCUAUCAUCACAUACUGAACAUUUGUCAUCUUCUGCUAUCAUGUAAAUGUUUUCCUCCGUAGAUGUUCAUGGUCGAAUGGAUUGACAUUGAGUCAGAUGCGAUUGCAAUGAAAAAAAAAAAAAAAACUGAUAACAAGCCAAGAGGUGUGAAAGAGUGUAAUCAGGAGAGACAAGCGCAGUGAGGAUGUUGGCUCUGAGUUGCGGCUUGGUCGAUCCCCCUCUUGAGCUCAGACACUUUGAAGCUGAUGAUUCUUCAAUGGCUUGUGGAGAUGGCGAGGUAGAGGGGCGUGUGACAGCAGCAUGAAGGAACUAGAGACGGAAAAUAAUUGUCUCCAAAAACUAGCAGAGAAGUUACAGGCAAACAAUACAGGUGUGGUAUGGUCCUAUUGGAAAGCUUGCGUCAGCUGAUGAGACGGCUGAUAUGUCAUUGAUUGCCCAAAGACAGCUAGUAAGUCAGUAAGCAUGUGUGAGAGAAAAGGAUGAAAAUUAUCGUCUACUACAACAGUGAAAGCAAGUUGUAGUCUCCCUGAGCUUACGCCAAAGCUUCAUUUAACUAACAGAAAUUUUCAAACACUAUGAUCGAGAGCCUCUGCCACUUAUAAAACUGAUUGACAAAAUUAACUUACUACUGUUGUUCCAAUUGAAAUACCAUGUUUUUCUAUGUAGUCAGUUGGCAGCCGAACAUUUUUAGUGAUUUCAAAUAAAACAUUUGAAAAGUGACUGGUGUUGAUGUUAGAGGUAGGCCUCAAAGAUCUCAAAAACAGUUCAUAUUAGUGUUGAAAUUUAGGCAAACUAUAUAAAACAGAACAUGACUUCUAUUGGCAUCUAAUUAAAAAAACAUAUAGAACCUUCGUUUAAACCCAAGGGCUGCAGUUUCCCUAGAGAGCGAACCUAAAAUAACUCUGUCUAACAUCAUCUCCUAUCAGUGUCCCCUUUCUUGGCAAGAUAAAUUGGUUCGCUGUCUCUGAACCUAAGAGAAGAGAUAAGGUGUGAACAGCUAUUGGGCUGUUGGGUGGCAGUGGAGUUUGAAACUGUCUAACUUUUCAGCUCACUGAUUGGUUGCUCGAGAGAGUGUGUUGUGCACUUUCUGCUUCCCCCACAAUCCCUGCGGUCUCGGCGUGAGCGGGCUGGGGUUAACGGCAGAUCUGGAGGUGUGAAGCAGAACAUGUUCAGCAGAGUGGUCGAGCUCGGUAUCUCCGCCAUGGUAGCUUUACACAUAAACUAGGACAUGAAUGGACUUAUGGGAUUUAGUUUCACUACACUAAGAGUUUGUCAUAAAUGAGGGUAGUGUACAAAGUGUGUUUUGUACAGUUUUCGCACUUUUUUUGCACUCACAUUCAUAUGUGCUCUCGGUGUCUCCUCUUGGUUUUUUUGUGCGUCUGCAUCAUAUUAUCAUGCCUGAGUGGCAGCUGAUCUCGGAGGAACUGUUUCGAGGUCAAUGAGACUGAGUCCACCGAGACUGGGACCGAGAACUUUCUGUAUGCCAAGCCAUGUCUCUUUAUGCAUGCGUGUGCCUGCGUACAAAUGUGUGUCUAUGCGUGUAAAGGGCACCAAGUAUCUUCACGUGUGUGUCUGACUUUAUGUGCAUACCCUUUCCGAGCACAGCACAGCAGACCAUCCUCACUAGCGUCUCCCUGGGGUGCCAUUUCUGCAGCGAUGGACCUGGGGUUUUCAUGUGCAACAAUGAUCACAUUCACCUCCACCACAAAGGGCAGGAGAAACCCGGAUAACUGUAACACACAGAGGAGCCCCCUUUCUUCAGACCCCGGUGAAAUAUGAUGGCAGGAUUCGCUCGGCUCAGCACAGCAUUAGCUAAAAGCAGGCACACAUAACAACUUGUGGGAAUUGAGAUCUGACAUGUGGCGCUGGACAAUUCGCACAGGGUUCAUCAGUUCUCUAUAUGAAAUUCAUUUUUUUCCCUGCGAUGCUCCAUGUGUCAUGUCAGCGGUAAUUUCUCAAGACACCCAAUCAGUACGGGAUGUUCAGAUGUUGGUUUGUUAUAACAAGGGGAGCAGCCCCGCUCUGGAGCGGAGGUCACAGUGGAUCAUUUGUGUGUGUGUCACACACAGACACACACAUGCGCAUUAACUCAUAUGUGCAUUGCAAUCUCAGAUACCCCUUCAUCUUCAGAUCUGAUGUCUUCAUUACUUCAUUUCUCUUAUUAACGCUUCUUUCAAGGUGGAAGCGCUGCUUGAAAGGUUACACUUGAGCACCUUUUGUGUUUUAAUUACACACCAUGCCUUCAUGAACAAGGCCAAAUAAUACAUCAUAAGACCACAUCAUUUUCUCUUCUCCCUAACCUUUCAUAGAAACAGUUAGAGUUGAGUUUGGACUGUCUUCCAAAGCUAUAAACAAGUGCUAAAAAUAUACUGUAUGGGGUGAAUUACACCAAGUCAUAAAAUGCAUCCAUAACAUUCCUUCCCAAGGUUUGAACUAGUCAAAUAAAACUUAACUAUAUGCUAAAGCUUUAUCGUCAGCCAUAACUCUGUCUUUGACUUAAUUAGCGUUACAAAUGGGGUUGUAAUGAAAAUAUCAUUUUAUGGGCUUUCACAUCAGCUCAUGUCAAGAAAUAAUGUCUAUCAAUGUACAUUUUGUUCUCAUGAUGUGAAGCCAACAAAACCGAUGACUGCGGAGAUAAAACGAUGUUACUCAUGGUUGUCCUCCAUCCAACAGGAGUCUCCAUAUGUGAUGCUGAAGAAGAACCAUGAGCAGCUUGUGGGAAACGACAAGUACGAGGGUUACAUCGUGGAGCUGGCUGCAGAGAUAGCCAAACAUGUUGGCUACCAGUACAAACUGAAGAUUGUUUCAGACGGAAAAUAUGGAGCCAAAGAUACUGAAUCAAAGAUGUGGAAUGGCAUGGUGGGAGAGCUGGUGUAUGGCGUAAGUGGACGUAGUUUUCUGUGGAGUUUUUCUGCCUUUAAAACCUGCUAAAUCAAAGCUAACUUUUAGGAGUCUUAAAUUGUAAAGUGCCAAAACAAUCAACUACUUCAAACUCUGCUCUUUAACUUGUUGCCAUGCUGAGGGGCAAUUUGCAUUUUUCUUUGGUGUUUUGAUCUCUGUUUACUGUUAGUAUUGAUUUUAAAAUACUUUAUAUCCAACCUCUCUCUUUUUUCUAUGCAACGCCCAUAUCCUCCAUAGGAGAUGUUUACGUUUCUUAUGUUAAACUGUAUAUAAGAAGUUUUUUAAAAAGGCAAUCUUUAUCUUUACAUUGAUUCAUUGUCUUUGUGUCUGACCCAGCCAUGUUUGACUAUGUUCCAGUCAUGAAUAAGUAAGCCUGCUAAUAAUUCCUGAUAUCGGUCUCUGGAGUUAAUUUAAAUCGACAAAAAGGAUCUUUCUAUCUCAUACUUUCAUUCACAUGCUUGUUUUUUCUGUCUCCUUCAGAAAGCAGAUGUGGCAGUGGCCCCCCUGACCAUCACUCUGGUCCGUGAAGAAGUGAUAGACUUCUCCAAGCCCUUCAUGUCCCUGGGUAUCUCAAUCAUGAUCAAAAAACCCACCAAAUCCAAACCCGGCGUCUUUUCCUUCUUGGACCCGCUGGCUUACGAGAUCUGGAUGUGCAUCGUGUUUGCCUACAUCGGCGUAAGCGUUGUCCUGUUCCUUGUCAGCCGCUUUAGCCCGUAUGAGUGGCACGCUGAGGACUACGAGGAAGGAGGUGAACCGCAGACACCUACCCAAGCUUCAGCCACCAACGGGGUGCAGCAAGGCCAGACUCAAACGCAGCAGAACACCAACCAGCAGAGUCCGGAGCAGACCAAUGAGUUUGGCAUCUUUAACUCCCUUUGGUUCUCACUGGGGGCUUUCAUGCAGCAGGGCUGUGAUAUCUCACCACGGUAAGAAACUGAGCCCACUCUUUUUUCUUUUUUUUUUGAGUGAUUGUGUUUGCUGGUACACAAGGAGAGGCCAAGCAUCACUGACUACACCUACACUUCAGCAGGCACUUCUGCAUUUUUGUUUGACUCGGCUGGGCUUUGUUCAUUGAGAUUUAGCUCUUUGUCCACCACCUGUCACGUAGAGCACAGAUACAAGUUUGAUGAAGAGCACCAGAGAGAGCUUCUGAUGUGAUUUUAGAGUGUUGUAUCAUCUUUACCUUGCUCCAGACACCUCCUGUAGUUCAGAAAUUCGUGAACUUUUAGGCUAUAAUAACUUGUUGGAAGCUCUUUCGUUGUUUUCAAAAUGCCAUUUUCUAGUCUUUCUCACCAUUUGCAUAUUUAUCAAUCAAUCUGCAGGUAAAGGUAAAUAUCAAGCCUGUUAGGAAGGAUCCUUGUGUGAGCAUGGAGUGAAAUGUGUUGCCUCCCCCCGAGUGCUCUCAUGAGCGAUGGGAUGAAACCAUUCUCCAAAGGUCACCAAUUAAAAAUCUCAUUAAGUGUCUGAAAUUAGAGACUCUGAGGUCGACUUUUUGAGCUUUCCAGAGGGACCAGAGGGAGGAGAUGGGAAGAUAAUGUCACUGUUAUCACUGUAGGCUCUGAACCAGCAGAGACAGGUUAGGUCAAAGAGAGACGUUCAGCUUUGUGUCUCUUUAAACAUGGAGCUACAUAGGUUCAGUGGGUCGGUGCGCCUUCGCUUAAUGCAGCUAAAGAUAUGCAGUUUUACUGUGAGGAUAAGGAGACUAGUGCUGUUUGAAAAGAAUAGUAUGCAGGUUUGGGAGAGGAACUGAGAAGCUGCUCAUGAAACCAUCCUCGUGUGAAGGCGUGCACUCAACCAGAGCGACGUAAUGAAUUUGGCGGGAUGACGAAUGUGCUAAAUUGUCUUUUUCUUUCAUUUUCUGGGAGACAAAGGAGAAGAUCAAUACAGCUCUCAAGCUGUAUGAAAGCUAUCAAGCUAUGAGAUGGUUAACCAAAGUUAGCGAUUAUAUUGUUAGCAAUUAGCCCGACUCUCUCGGGGUGAAAAAAAGCUAACAAAUGCACAAUCAAGACACUAAAACUUAAAUGUAAGAUUAGUGUAUGUCUGAUUUUUGAACACAUUCAAAAUUACAACAGCAAGCAUUAAAAAGAACAUAAACAUGCAAAACAAUACCCGGGUCAGUGUUGAGUUCUUGUUACCUGGGUUCAGGUAUAAGCCACAUAAAACAUCAUGGAACCAUUGCCUGAGUAGCUUUGGCUCCUAACAUUGCCAUUAUUACACUAACAAUGCUGUCAGCAGCUCAAACAGGCUAUAUUGGCAUGUCACUGACCUUUCUGGAUGCAUCUGUGAAGUAUGAGCUUGUCCCUGUAGCUUGUCUUGCAUGCAUUUGGGGUAAAUUCCUUGAAAGUAGAACUCAUGAUGCCCAGACCCUUUUUUUUAGCAUCCCGGAGAUAACUGUUGCUGAACCAGAUGGCAUGUGAGUUCACAUACAGGUAAACACAUACUGUAUAGACUGUAAGUGAGGGAAUAUAUAUAUAGGCAACAAAACAGUCUUAACAAGUCCUCUUCUCUAUCUUCCAAUUUCUCGGUAUUCCACUUCUGUCAAUGUCAGAGUACCCCUUUGAAAGUGUCUUUGCUAAAAAUAUCUGCACUAUUUCUUUAAUAAUUAUCUAAAAAACUGAAAGAAUCACAGUUAACCUGUUUUUUGGUAGGUUAACUACUCUAAAGAAAGAGACGUCUUGAGGAAAGGGUACAAGUAGCGUCAGUGGAAACUGUUCACAUCAACAUUAGAGACACGUCUCGAGUAUUUAGGACACUGUUUAAUGUGUGAUGAAUUUUUUAUGGAACUUUUUGAAAUGUAGAGGAGCAAAGAGAAAGAUUUCUACACUUCCCUAAAAUUGAAGGGUAAUCCCGGAAACAUCUUGCUCAGUUUGACGUGAGCACAACUAUCUGGACACAGGGAUGAAUUUCAAAAACAUGUUUUUGGAAAAGUGAUUGAAGGCUGCUUUAUUUAAGCUCAACUGUGACCAAUACUAGAAGAUGUGUUCGGUCGCAAGUCCCUCGGGUUUCAGUGUAAUGACUUGUUUUUGUACCUGUGCGACUGAGACACAGCAGCAGAGCUCAGUCAGCUCUCCCUGAUUGAGCUCCUGAAGGUCGAAAAAAUUACAGCAAUGUGCAACACAUUUUUAUCUUGACUUCCAUCUUGUGACAUUUAAAAAUGCGUUUUCACUUUGCUUUUAGCUUAGACAAAUAUCAAAAAGGAGAAAUCACCUACACCUACAGGUCUGCACCCACAGGCCUGCGUGCUGCAAGGUGCUCAGCUGUGCUUGAUGCAUGGUACACGAUAGGCACUGGAUUUCUACUCCCACGAGCCUUCACCUGACAUUUACCGUUUUCUGCCUGGAGACUCGGCAGUGUUUCAUGCAGGAUGAAGCCUAUUGUCCCUGUGUUCUUCUCCUCUAGACACAAAAUGCAUCUGCAAUAACUAUUGAUUUCCUUGUACGCCUUUUGGAGACAGAGAGAGAAUGUCACCAUGCAUCCACACAUUGUCCCUUUCCCUUCUUGGUUUCUCUUUCUAUGCACGUAGACACACAGAGUCAUAUUUUAUUUUGUGUGUAUGCAGCUGUGUCUCAGAUACAAGCUUGACCACACACAGCUCCAUGCAUAUUUGUAUUUGCAUUUGGUUUGCUUGGGGGGAAAGCAAUCUCUUCUGAUGCAAGACCUCUCACAGACAGUUUAAGAGGACAAAAAUGUGUUUUCGUUUUUUUUUUUCCUUGACUGGCGGCACUUUUCUGGAUGCCACUUUUAACUGCAAAUGAACCAGUUGUAAGUUAUUUCAUAUUUCAUCAUCAGGUGUAAUAAUUGCGAGAAGAGUGUUGGCUCGAUGUUAUUGAACUCCACAGAUGUGACAUAGACACAAAACAAUUGUAGCAUAUUUUUCACCGGGAGGACUUCAGGAUUCUUAACCUACUUAAAUGUGCUCACAGACAUGUACUUGUACCUUUUAUGCUCCAAUUUUAAACAGGUGUCACGCAGAACGGUUUUCUUAGUGGUAUAAUCUUUUAGGACUUGUAUUCUCAGAGGACUCCUCCCUUGUCUUACCAUGUCCUUUCAAGGUGACUCUUUUGGUCCUCUUCUGUGUCUUCAGUGAGAAACAGUUAAGGAGUGGCAACCUGCCAUAAUAGGAAACCUCACUUGCUUUAAGGUGUGCAGCGGUCCAUGUAGUUGCGAUCAGCAUGGUGGAUUCAACUCAGUGUCAUGAAAACCAACACAGUGAAUGUUUCACCCCAGUGAAUGCUGCCCUGAAGGAAACAACCUCCCCUUGAAGAUUUGGGUCACCUACUUGCUCGAGUUAGAACAGUGUGAAUACACACACGAUGCUGCAUGUUGAUGUACCUCCUUGAGCGUAACAAGUUCUCCCGUUCAUUUUAAAAGGACAUGUAAUAGUAUCAUUUGUGGUUUGUCAGAUGAAAGCAGUGGUACUCGUCAUCUCACGUAUUGUGCUGUCAGAGUUUCACAUGCACACGGUGUGCUCCGUAUCUGUGCUGCUGAGUCUUAGGGGAAUGACAAGACGGGGCUUUUGUGAGACCAUUUUUGUGUUUGUACGCAUGUGAGGCGACAGUCAUUCCUUUAUAAUUCAAGUUAAUUAACAACCGCUAUUUGUGCACUUUGUUUUAUUUAUUUAUUUUUUUUUUUUCCAGAGCCUCUAGUUGGUAUCUUGUUUCUUUCUCAAUGUAUUUUAAUUAGCAUCACUACAGCUGAGAACAAACAACAUACACAUUUUGAUUUUGUUAGAUCAUUAAUGAUUUAUCAACACUGUUGUAAUAUGCUCCCUCUUGUUCCAAGAUCAGUAACUACCAUAAUAUGAGUUCUUAUGGACAAUACUCCCUUCCUGUUGCGCUAUGCUCAGGGUGGGAAACUCGUAUCAUGAGUAUGUAUUGUGACAGUGUUCCACGUGGUCAGUCAUAUAAACCUCAAUAUUCUGACUAACUGUAAAAAAAAAAAAAAAAGUAAAGACAUGAAAUUGUUUGUUUGUAUCGCUUAUUAUACUGAGCAAAUCCAUUGAAGGUAAAAUGACUCCUGCAAAAACACCCAUGAUGACAUUUCUGUCCUUAUUCAGCUCUUCUCAGAGCUGUACAGUAGACAUAUUUUUAGAAACUGAUAAAGCAAAUGUCACAGCAUUUAAAAGGGUUCCUAUAAUCACCACUCAUUAUGUUUUAACUUCACAACAACUACUGACCUAGAGAUGCACUGUUGCCAUGGCCUGGAUUGCAGGACAGAAUGUUGUUUCAUAUUUUUGAGAUGAUUUAGGCCCAGUAUAGCUCCCAGGCUUUACCAUGAAGAAUGUAUCACCAUUAUCAUAGACCAUGACCAUUUGACCAAUCAGAAUCAAGUAUUUUAUACAGCCUUGUACAGUAUACAAUUUUUUUUUAACCCUUUGAUGCGCAACAUGGGUCAAAAAAGACCCGGCUGAGUUUAAAUUUUAUAUAUCUUUUCAAAAAAUUAAUUCCAUCAGUCGGUACUCAAGGAAUUCCUCAAUUAACUUGUUUUUGACGACCCUACAUCCUUAUGUUAAUUUUUCUUUUUUUACUUUUAGAAUAAAAACCGUUUUUGUAUCACUACCCCUCUAAUGCACAACAUGGGUCUAAAAUGACCCGUAUCCAUUUUCAAUGUUAUUUCAUGUAUGGCUGAGUGUUUCUAUGGUUUAUCUUUGAAAUAAAUUAAUUUUAUCAUUUACUAUUCCAAGUAUGCAGUAAAGAUCUUGUUUUAGUUGAGCACAAAUAAUCAUUUUUAUUUUUCCUUUCUUACGUUAUGAGGAAGCACAGAUUUUGUAUUUCUACAUCAAGUUUACAUACAUGGGUCAGAAACGACCCACAUACAGUGACUGUAGCAUUUAGCAUGAAAAGACCAUCUAAUACAUGUAAGUAUGGUUUUUCAAUUGUUCUGACAUUAUCUUAGAAAUUAUUUGAUGACAAUUGUGAAAUAUAAUUGUACAUAGAUUUGAUUUGAUUAGGUUUAGGUUACCUUGAGAGUGAGGACAUUACAUGUUGGAAAGUUACACAGUUACAGGUAAAACAGCUAGCGUUAUUUCAGCUAGCUAUAAUCAGACGCAUGUGUAUGUGACAAAAUGACAAAUAAACAUGUUGCUGAUACAAAAUACAAAAGUGUUUGGCCCAUAGACUGUAUAAAGAAUGGACAGCGUCUGCCUCCUUGCUGGGUGAAGCCGAGAACAGCACCCCCUGUUUACAGGCUGCAGUAUAGGUCAUAAAUCCCGCCUCCGCCAGCAAACCUUAUGGAGCUGUGGACAAACUUUAGAAAUUUAUUACACAGAACAUAAAUUUUUCUCCCCCCUGCUUGUGAUGUUGACAUGUAGUUACUGUCAGACUGGUUUGUGCCCAAGUCCUCUUUUUUUCUGUGAAGCUCCAUUUUUAAAAGUUAUUAGGGGGUUCAUGUUUGCUAUGAUUGACACCUGAUACAGCCUAUGGGCGUUCAGGGAUUGCGUAGCUCUCCCAGGGGAUAUGCUGUUUAAGCCGAGUGUCAUCACAGCGACUCUCUUCAACUGUGCGGCCAAAUGCGCGCAUUGCUACUGUGCAGCGCUGGUUUCAGGAAAUGAAGAAAAAUCCUGGAAAUAUCGAGAGCUAUUUGGCUUCAAAUCUGUAUACAGGCAGUAGGUGGAACGAAGUUGUCCAUAGUAUAUACAGUCUAUGGAUACAGCCUAUGGGCGUUCAGGGAAUGCGUGGCUCUCCCGGGGUGAUACGCUAUUUGAGCCGAGCGUCAUCACAGCGACUCUCAGCGACUGCGCGGCCGAAUGCACGCAUCGCAACUGCGCAGCUCUGGUUUCAAAAAUGUAGAAAAGUCCCGGAAAUACCGAGAGCUUUUUGGCUCCAAAUCCGUAUACAGGCGGUAGGCGGAACCAAGUUGUCCAUAGUAUAUACAGUCUAUGGUUUGGCCCCACUCACUGCUAAUUUCAUUACUUGAAACAAAUUAUUAUUAUAGUGUUAGGUAAUUCAAUAUUAAAUCACACUUGGAUGAAUGGGUCAUUUUUGACCCAUGUGUGUAAACUUGAUGUAAUAAUAUAGAAACUAUAUUAUUUCAUAAAGUAUGAAAAGAAAAAUAGAAAUAAUGAUCAGUGGUGAUCAAAAACAAGAUAUUUAAAGAAUACUUGGAAUAUUCAAUCAGAAAAUAAACUUAUUUCAAAAGAUAGAACAAAGAAAAACUCAGCCAGCAUGAAAUACCAUUGGAAAUGAAUGCGGGUCUUUUUAGACCCAUGUUGCGCAUUAGAGGGGGUGUGGAUAUGUUGCGCAUCAAAGGGUUAAACAUCCGAGAAACAAACGUUUUAUGUCUAAAUCUGGUUACCUUUCUGAGCAGGUGCCUGUAAACAGCACAUCUCUGAGCUUUUAAAAGAAGCAGGUGAGAACAGAAUGUUCUGGAGGUGCAGUCAGCUCAGAGGUAGGCAGCUCAAAGUGCUUCAUUCUCCAUGCUUCCCCUCUAAAUCAGAGACAAAAGGCCAAGGAACAACACUGACGAUCCACUUUGUCCUUCAUUAAUCAGUAGGCGUGUUUAAUUUCCCUGUCUGCCUGUAUCUGUGUGUGUGUGUGUGUGUGUGUGUGUGCCUGUGAAUGCAUCUAUGUGUGUGUCUGUGUGUGUUUAACAGUGUGUGUGCACUCUAUAAAAAGCCAGCACUUUUUGCCACUUUCUGCUGCUGAACAGCCUCUCAGCGUCACUCUCACAAGCAGUUGUGUGUACGUGGAUGCAGACAUGUGCUCAUACUGUAUUCAUACACGCUUGUAGACAUGUCCUUAUGCAUUGGUUUAAUACAUUAAUUUUCACAGUUAUAGUCUAGGUGUGUGCGUGUGUGUGUGCGCGCACGCAUGUGUAUGUGUGUAUUUGUCUCCCUGCUCCCGUCACCAUUUAUUCUCUGCGAGACCUUGUUUACUGUGCUCUUUCUAAAUGUCAGUACUGUCAGUCAGGCCCUCCCAUAAGCCCCAGUCCGUGCUGUUGGGCUCUACCUGUGUUUAUCUCUGCAGACAGGUGGACUCUUAAACGUAAGCCCCCCAAAACCAUUCCAUCCAUCCAUGUAUCUGUCCAUCCGUCCAUCCAUCCAUUUACUUUUACAACAGUUCUUUUUAGGCACUCUUGCCUCUCAUCUGCUCAUCUUUUUAUCCUUUGACUUCCCUGCUCCUUCAUGUUGUUGUUGGUCAAGAAUUGUCCAAAUUAUACAUUCAAUUAAUUGAAAGUAUGUAUCAGCAUAAUAGGCCUCCUUAAACAAUAGGUACCUGAACUAUAGUUUUAUUAUAUCUAGGGCUGGGUGAUAUGGGAAAAAAAGUUUAUUACAAUAUUUAUUUUUUUAGUCGAUAACGAUAUAUAUCACAAUAUAUAAAAAAAUCACUUGUCAAUCUUAAAUGUUCCCUGUUACUCUCAAACGAAAUAUAACAGUGCUUAUUGGUAGCAUGUCUUUUGCAAUACAAUAACCUACUGCAUCUGUGAGGUCUUUGUGUCUCUUCAACGUUUUGUCGUAAGGCGUUGAGCUAGAGAAAGCAGACUGAAUGGUCGGCUGUUUUGGUUGCACAGGGCUCCUUGCUCCGCUCAGGGUUUAUAACUUUUUGCAUUGCAUGUGUUCUGCCGCGUGGCUCUGCUUCAGGUAGUGAAAAAGAUUUGAGUUAUUCCCCGACUUUGCGAGAACUUGUACUCGACAUAAUUUGCAUUGCAAACUACCCUGCUUCAUGUCCGACCUCAAAAAACCAAAAUACCUCCACAUCACCAACGUUUUCGUGCCAGUAUGUCAUCAUCUGUGGAGCCUUCAUCUGCAUUUUUGCCGGAGGUAGCACUUUUCUUUUUUCUUCUCAGUGACAGUGCUGUCAGCUUCACGUGUUAAAGUGCUAUGGUUGUGUGUAGUUGCAGCCUGCUACUACACGUGUUUGCUACUUGGUUCUAAUUCAGCACAUGAUUGGUUCAGCACAAAGCGGACCUGGAGCAACUCCCCUUUUCAUCGGCUAUUCGUAUAGUCUACCAAAACAUGGCAGAAUGCCUACUAUUGAAAAGCAUAUUGACCAUGUUUUGUAUUAAUAAAGAGGGAAAUUAAUCUCGUGAAUACUGUUAUCCUUUUAUCGCCCAGCCCUAAUUAUAGCAUACGUCAUAAUAGUUCCAUUACAAGGAGGCUUAUAGAAACAUGUCAGGCAAAACUUGUGGUUUGGAUCAAAAGUAAGAACUUCCUAACAGGGUUUCCGAUGUCCUGUAUAAGGCCCUAAAUCACAGUUGUGGUUUUGGGAUUUUGGUCUUGAACAUGUUGAAUAAGGGUUUAUCUCAUGAAGCACCAGCAAAUCAUGGGGAUAGAAAGCCAAUUGGAAAGUCAGUCAUACUGUUUGUCGAAGAUAAAAAAGACACGGUAAAAACAGGAAUGCAAACAGCAGCAUAUACAAUCAGCCUGUGUUGAACUUGUGGAUGUUUACUUGGCUCCCACUCACUUUUAAAGCUCACUGGGUGGGAGAUCUUGGCAGUUAGAGAACUUGAGUAAAAGGGCGUGGGUUUGUGAUGUACCUCCAAUGUGUUUGGAGAUGUUUAUGUCUGCACCUGAUGUUAACGUUUGCAUGAGUCUAGGUGUGUGCUCACAAAGUUGUGUGUGUGUGUGUGUGUGUGUGUGUGUGUGUGUGUGUGUGUGUGUGUGUGUGUGUGUGUGUGUGUGUGUGUGUGUAUGUGUGUGUGUGUCUGAUGGCCCCAUGGAGUUGUCUCCUCUCCUCAGCGCCCGUGUUGCUCCCAUUACAUGAUUGUAGACUGAAAUAAAUCAGCUCUGCCACUCACACGCUGCUUGCCACAACUGCAAUUUCUCAGCCUGGCGGUCAAAAGCGUUCGAUAAUGGAUGGUAUGGAUGGUGUGUAUGGAGUACAGUGCAGUGGUUACCCAGGGAGAGUCAGUAUUUCUCUAAUAGCAUUUUUUUUGUCACAUAGAGAUCCUAGCUGUCUAUUUUAGAUUUCUAAUAACAGAAAAUGGGGACAAACCAUACCAAUUAUAUGAGGAAUUCUUGCAAUAUUAAAGUAGAGCUUGCAUUGGUGUUUGCUUUUUAGACAUUUUUGAUUGAUGGGUUAUUUUACACUAGUUAGAGUAUUGGUUUGUUUAAGUACUUAUCUUGGCAGAGGCUCAAAAAAUUGGAUGUCAGAGGUACAUUGAACAAACCGUGAAAGACGUUUUCGAGUUUUUUUUUUUUUUUUUUAAAUUUAUUGCGGUCUCUUUCAAAAUAUGAAUACAAUCAAAAACACUAAUGAAACCAGGCCGAAAAGGUAUAGGCUGAAGCAUAGCUUAUUACGCCUACACAUUUCAACUCAGUACAGUCAGCGCCAAACUGAGCGCCAAACAUUAGGACAAAAGAGAGAAAAAAAAGAAAAACACACACACAAAAAAACCAAGCCAAACAAAACAAAAAGUAAACAGAUAAGCCGAAAAAGAAAAACAUGAAUAUACCUUUACAUGGACUUAUGAUGACUAUUAUAUUUCCAAAAGACAAUUUACACAAACACAGAUACUUAACCAUUACAGUUAUACUUAUUGAGCAACCUAUUCGUCAAUAUUUUCCUAAAUAAUUUAUAUGUAUAAUUUAUACAUUUAUAUGUAUAAAUUAUACAUUUGUAUAUAUAAAUCGUCCCGUUGCAACUACAGAAAGAAAAUAUGAAAAUGCUUUUUAUGGGGACGAAUCUGCCUCAUGUUUCACAUUCUCUUUAGCUAGUCAAUGUAGAGAAAGAGAUAAAUUCCAAAAUAUUAAAAUAAAUUUUCUCUUAAGACCAGAACGUUUUCUGAAACCCCCUAAUAAUUUUUUGCAUACUUGUGCUUUUCAUGUGUUUAUAUGUAUUUUAGGAUGCAAACCUAGUUGCACUGCAGGUUUUUUUGCUCCUCCAAACUUUCUUCAAAGCACUUAGUGCUCUGCAUAUCCCCCCUCUUGUGUCUGUAAUGCAGCCAAACACUGCAUACAAAGUCAAUCAAAUCAUAAACAUAAGUGCUGCUAAAUUAGCAGCUAAUAAAGUUAUCUGACGAGAACCGAGUGUAUGUUUCUGAUCAAGGAAACUAUUGAUCUCGCAGAGGGAUCAAUCGUGUGUCACUUUGUGAUGUUGUUGUCGUUUUCAUCAUUAACAGCAAGAAAUCAGAUCGUGUUACACACCACUGAGUUACAUAAUUGUGGUGUUAGUGAGCUGCUGCCAAAGCAGUUGGGGAAGACUUGGGAGGAAGGAAUGAUUUAUUCAUGCCAGAGACGGUUCAGUUUAGUUCACAGCAGUGCCUAUGUUUUAUUUAUCUUGAAAUUGCAUCAAGGCAACUUUUGAUCAUACAUGCAUGCACACUCACUAACAGGAGCUAGUGAGGCACACACCAACCCCCAGAGGAUCUCACUGGGGUAUCACACUUUGUACACAGACAAAGACACCGACCCCUCUGAGGCGGAUACUCUGUCAGAGCUGCAUUUAAAAUCACAGUCGCACAGAGGUGCACAUAUGUUUCCUGUAGCAGAGUGGGAUACACACUUAUCAAGCUGUGACAGAAUAUGAAUGUCUUUCCUGCAAACAUGAAUUAAACACGAAACCCAGAGCCACAUGGGAAAAUCUACCUUUAAACAUCAGCCUCAGUUUGACUGGAAAGAUGUGCACCAUGAUCACAGACCACAUAAAAACAUUGGCAACAUGACAGCUCUGCAAAAGCAAAGCCAAAUGUGAAUAUUAUGUUCUUAUAUAAAUAUUCUUAUCAUGCUGAUCAAUUUCAAAGUGUUCAUUUUUGUAAGAAGUAGAUUUUAAGUAGGUAUUUGAUGCUACAAAAGGGUUAGGGGAGAUAGGGGUGUUACGUAUGCUUAACAUUUGGGGUUUACCCCACACCAUGAAGGGUUUUCAUUAGUAAUCAAAUCUAUCUUUAAUUUCUAAUAUUAAAGAAUCCAGAAUAUGUUGUUUUCUUGUAUUUUAGCUUUGAAAAGUCACUCGACAGCGAUUUUUUUGAGGAACCAUAAGAAGGUACCUGCCCAGGGUGACCAGACAAAGUACCGGUAAAGUAAAUAAAGCUCUUAUUGAAAAUGCAAACGGCUCCUAGCAUUUGUCAAGUAGUUGAUAUUGAUGUACUGUAAGUUCCCCCGACAAAGCAAAUAGCCAACAGUGGUUUAGGAUUUCAGGGUGGAUGAUUCAAGGAGUGGCCAUAGUCGCCCCUGGCAACCCCCCUACCCUGACACUUCCUGUGGUGCCGUGUACCAGAUAAGCAGAGUGGGGGAGGAGCAGUAAGAAAAUUUGAGACAAUUAAGAGUCCUUAAACCUUGUAUAACAGGGAUUGUCAGCGAAAUACCAGCUAUACAUCAGAGGACUUUGAAAAGAUUUGGGAAAGAUUCCUGGAAAACUAUCAGCUCACGCCUGCUCACAUCUAAAGACCAGUGCGUAGAGUUUUUAGUCACAGCCUAGUCUCAGACAAAAAAAUUGACAAAAACUGUGAGUCUUGCUUGGUCACUAUUUGGGGGGGGACUUAUUAUUCAGCUGUGUGUUCGCAUAUGACAACUAAGAGCUUAUUAAUGCCAAUCCUCGGCCCACGUGCCACGCGUUGCAGCCCGUGUGCAUCGCAUGUACUGAUACAUACAAAGUCCAAAGUAGCUUGUAAAAAAAAAUUCAUUUUUGAGGUGUGUCGGCUUGCGAUAAUACCAAACACAUUUAAUAUCCAACGGAGAGUUCCCUGCGGUUUGAUUGGUGUAAAAUUUAGGGGGAAAAGUGGCAUGUCACUUUUGUGAAUUCACCGUUAAGACCCCGCUGUGCAGACUCUGGUCUUUAAAAGACACCACCAGCACAAUAUGUUGAAGGGGUGUAUUUUGGCUUCACUUUUGGACUACAGCAGAAGUUAAAGAUUCGUCAUCUAUCUUUAUAUUCAGUCAUUGGCUGUGAUGCUGAAAAGGCUCGUCACUGCUGUGAGAGUGUUAGCCUGUAAACCGGUGGAAGCCCUAAUGAGAGCUUUCACUUUGUGUUGGCAAUCACAUCCCACUAUAUGGGUGGUUGCCCUUAUAGAGAGAGAGACAGAGAGAGGGAGAGGAGGGGGAGUGAGAUGACUAAAGUCUCUCUCGGCUCAGCUGUACUGUUUGGAGUGAAGAGAGUGUUACCAUGGCAACCGUAAAGGGACAGAUUUUUUUUUUCAGCAGAGCACAUCAAGUGUUUGUUAGAAACUGCGUGCGAGUGCACGUGUUUAUCAUCUUUUUUUUUUGCCGUAGAUAAAGACUAAAUGUGCAAUAAGUCAGUGUGCGUGUGUGUUGUUGAUAUUGAUUUUCAGUGAGCAACUGUGAUGGAUCUGUGUGUUUGGAUUCCUGUUUUUCUUGCUGGAGUGACUAAGAGGCUGUGCGUACGUGUGUGGGCGCAGAGCGAGCGCUCUCACAGCUCGCCAGCACCGACUUAUCUCAGGUUACAGGCUAAGACUGCAUCCUCGAUAUCAUUCAGCAAACCUAUAUGCACAAGCAUGAGGUACAAUGAUUACAGUCAGCUCUCGAUCUGAUCAAUUCCUCUGCACCAAAACUCGGCUGGAUUCUAACUUGUUGUGUUUUCCUACACUGGCAUUCACAGCAAAUGUAUGUUAAAUUCAACCUUUUGAUUUAGCUUCCUCUUUAUGAAACAAGAAUUCAGCAAUUUCCUACUGUUUUUAACCAUAAUACUUUUGUCAAAAACAAGGACGAGCUGUAUCACCAGCUUUCGGUGCGUUUGCUCCAGGCAUGUAACAACAUAAUCUUUUUUUUUUUUCCAACAUGGUAAUACUGCCCUUUACCAAAGGAGAGAAAGAGGUGGAGUGAGAUGCUUUAAUAAAUCAUAUCUUUUUGCUCCCUGCUUUAAGCUUGCAUGCUAGCGUGGCCCAGAAGAUGAAAGCACUCUGGAAAUAUCUAAUCUAACAACCGUGAGCCUGUCAAAACAAAAGCAUGAGCAACCAAGCCAACGGAAAAUCAGAAGUAAACCUGGUACUUUUGCAGUAACAUCAGCCAUAACACAUUCUCAUCCCCCUGAGCCUCAUUUAGUAAUAUCGAGACAGAGAGAGAAAGAAUAAAGUGGUGGGAAGCUACGAGCAUUCAGAUAAGUGCAUUUCCAAAAUGUGUCUGCUGUUUUGUGUGGCCAGGUGUGCGCUAAAAGCAUUGUGUGCUGCACAUUAAAUCAAUUUGGCGCCUCUGCACGGAGCUCAGUUCAGUUUAGAAGCUGCAGCAGAGGACCGCAAUUGCCCUUUAGCGUGUAGUUUCAGAAACCACAGUGACCUAUAUCCGGGCAGAAUAACAUAAAAAGGUAAUCAGGUUUAUAAAUACUUUACUCUGGUUAAUUAUCCCAUAUGCUCACAGUGUUAUGCAUGUUUCUAACGGGCGGUUUAGCUCUGAAGAUGCUACAGGGAGUCCAGAGCUUGAUAAAAUUUUUAUCAACUUAUAACAUUUACAAGCAGUUAAGGUACAGUUUAGGAAGAAAUAAAAGCAGUCAGUUUGGUUCAAUAAUGAAGGUUUUAUUAACUUAAAUUGCAUGGAAAAUCACUCAUUAAAGAUUUUUAUGCUUUUUACUGAUAGGAUGAUGAAGCAGCUACCAGUGUUAUAGCCAAGACAUCAAACCCUGAGUCAGAAUUGAGUCUUAAACCCCUCUGUGUUCAAGAUGAGUCUUCAUAAUCUGUGCCCAAGUCUGAGUUGUGUCCCCAUCUCCUGAGUAUUUAUGAUAAGAGGGACCUUUUCAAACUAUUCACUGUCUGAACUUUGGCUAAUUGUGUGAAAGUUCUUUGGUAUGUAGAAAACAUGCUCCAUUUUUUAACAUGAGAUCUUUUUUUCUCUAAAGAUUAAAAUUAACAAUCACGUAUGUAACAGGUCUUUGUGUAACAAAGAGUGCAUGUAUUUUAAUGGAACAACAGCAGGAGUAAAAGUAAGCCAGUACGCAGCAGUACGCCAUACCAGGAAGACAUAAACAGCAGUUUACAGCCGGUACCCAGCGGUAUGCAAACUGUCACCCCUGCAAUGUAUGUAGGCUACAUUUGCUUAUCUUGUUGUCGCAUGUCAGUCUGCACUCUGCAUUGUAACCGUAGUAAUCCAAUAGGACCAUGCUGCUUGCGAGUGAGUCGUAUUUGCCUCUGCCAACAAACAAACUCCACUUUUGAUUGGACGCUGGUUGCCUAGGUGUUGGGGUUCGCCUCCCGUCUUUUGUGGAAGGAGGGAACUUUUAAAGAGACAACUCCUUCAAUCUCAAUGCAGAAAUGAUUUUAUGUUCAAGAGAACAUAAAAUGUUGCAUCAGAGUCGGCACCUCGUUAAAUUUAGGUCUGCUCUUCUUGUACAAAGCCUACGGGUACAGUAUCUGCAAGAACCUUAUCCUACUUUCACCCCUAAACACCCCUCAUCCUUGUUUUGCUGAGGUUGGAUCACUGCAGGUCUCUAAUAAACUCACAAAAAGUCUACAACUUCAACAUCCUGGGCGGUUACCGUCAUAGCUUUUAUAAAAGUAAAGUCAUUAAUAGUCCAAGUAACUUUAGCAUCUCUUAUUCUGUCCUUGGUGCAUCCAGGACAGAAGUCUAAGUUUGAGCUUGUUCCUCCCUUCUUCUUGGCAGUUUCUCACUGUGCUGCAAAAUCUUUGAAAGCAUUGUGGCACCAGACAGCAGAUACAGGUGAACACAUCUGCAGACGCUUACUCCAAACUGAAUAAAUCAUUAUGACCUUGUUCUAAAAAGAAAAAAAAAAUCCAAAACAAUAAAACAGUCUUUGUGAAUAAUUUAGUUAAAUUCCUGCUAACCAUCUUGUGAGAACAGAUGCUGUCAGUGCUUGAGUCCAGGUCCAACUCAUCAGUGCUUAAGUGCAAGUUGAGUCACAAGUAUUUUAAAUCAGGAUCCAGAUCUGGCCUUAGUUUGAAUCCUAGGCUCAAGCGCUUCAAUGUUUUGUUUUUUUUUCUUCUUUUUCUUUUUUCUUCCGAUUUGAUGUGUAAGAAUAUGGUAAUUAUAAGAAUCUGAUAAUUAUGACAGGAACUCAGACUAUUUUAACUCAAGAGAGGAUAACUAAUUUAAUAUCCCUGAAAUUUGGUUGUCAUUUGACCAAUGAAGACUUUUAUUUUGUUAAAUUUCUGUUGCUAUUCCCAUGUUCUAAAUCUCCAGAGACACCUAAGUCUGAUGGCCUACAAAGCCACUUACACAUUUUGUCUCUUUAUCCUAUCUGUGAUCAUAUUGUAUUGAUCUCCAAGGUAUAGUCUUGAUAUAAAUAAUGUUCUGGUGUUAUUUUUCUCCCUUCGUAGCUUUGUCAUCAUUAUCACAUCUAGUAAGCUGUGUUUCCUGAAGACAGUUCCUGCAAUUCACCACGGCAGUGCACCCUAAUUAGUCAGCAGAUUCUCAGACACCUCACCCUCUGUUAUCACACUGUCUAUAUGAGUGUAUACCUCCCUGUCUGUGGGGUUUUUCUUAUCCACACAUGCCUUUUGCUUGCAGGCUCCACCCUGUUGCUCUCAUUUUAUCCUUUCUACUGUCUGAGAGAAAUCUAGUCAAUCCUCACGCAGACAUACUGGGAGUGGCUGUGCUAAGCUGGGGCAAAGCACAGCUCUCCUGCUCAUUUUUAAGGAAGUAAAAAUAAAGAAAGUGUUACAGAAAAGUCCUUAUCCGUCCCUGAUUUGUCUUAGAAUCACACCAUAAUUAGAGAACAUUUUCUUUCCCAUUUAAAGCUCUGUAAUUCCUAAUCCAUUGUAAUGUGGCCAUUACUGGUUCAUUUUUUACACUUGCUAAAGUCAUUAGUCAUUGCUAAUUAGCAUAUCGAAAAGAGGGGGCCAGCCAGGGGAAUUCUAAUGAGGCUUUAGUGCUACAGCAGAUUCUCAGGGAGCUGUGGGUGGAGAUCUUUUAACAGAGAUCUGGAUCGGACACAUUGUUCAGACAUGGUCCAAUUUGUUGAGCUGUCAAUCAAAACUGACCACCAAAGACACGUACCUGGAACAGUGUGUUCUGUGCGAGAGAGCAUUUAUGACUGCUGACACAACGAGAUGUAUGCAGGCCUUUUGCUAGGUAGGAAAAAUACCCAGUUACCUUUAUGUAGACAUUAUCAAAUAUGAUAAUGGCCCUGAGUGUUCACUGGUUGUGUCAGACGUACAGUGAUAAUAAUCUCGCUCAUUUGUUUCCCCCAGCUCCAACUAGCUGAUCCACUAGCUGAGUGUUGCAUUUAUCAGCAGCAACACCUAUUUUCAUUAGCAGCUGGUGGGAAGCAAAAGCAAGACUGGUUUUAUGGUUCAGGUGUGGUAGAUGUCCUAAAAUGCAGUUGGCAUGUAGCGAGGGAAACUAAUCUUGCAUUUAAAAAAUGUUAACUUAAGGCACCACUGGCGAUCUAAGCACGCCAGACCUCAAGUGGAUAGUCUGCGUUCGAUUCCAGCCUGUGGCUCCUUUCCUGCAUGUCUCUCUCCCAAUUUCCUGCACUGUCCACUUUCCUAUCUGCUGAAAAGAAUCAGACAUUUGUACUUUAGAGGCAACACAUAAAUGCGAUUGAUACACCUGCACAUAAUUCGCACAGUUUUCUAACAUGCAACAGGUUGUUGUAUUAGGAGUAUUGGAGUUAUGAGCAACUUUUCACAAACUAUGCAAUUAGAUGUACAUUUGUCCACGUAAGCCUCUGACUACUCUGCAUUUAAACUCUACCAUGUUCUCAAAGUUUGAUGAGACAUGAUGACGUCAACAGUUGUGUGUGUCUGUGUGUGUGUGUGUGCAAAUCCAAUCAGUUCAGCUGAGCACUCAUUUCUUAAAUGUGAUUGGUUUUUCACAGUGUUGUGGCACAGGUGAGCAAAAAGGAAGAGCUGUUUUAUCAUUGUGAUGACAGAGAGACCAAAAACAGCCAGAAAAGAAGCAGUAGUGAACGUUUUCUCAAAGUUCUCAUUUAGUAUCACUAUUCUGUAAAAACUAUCAGUACCUAGGAGUAGUUGGUAAGUGGUGUAGCACCCAUAUUACAGCAUCAGUGCACCAGUUUUUAGUUGUGGGAAUACGACAAAUUUCAGUAAAGGCCCACUUUAAGAAACUACCAACUAACAGCUCAACCAAAGAGGAUUUGAAGCAGGAUUUAAGCAGAUUUUUCAGUUAUGAAUAUCAUUCUUACAAUCAUUUUUCAGAAUCCAUUGAACAAUAUAUUUAAUUUCUGUUAAAUUCGAGUUUCAGCAGUGAAAGUUGAUCUCGACUGUUAAACUAUAUAAACAAUUAUCAUUGUCAUUGAAUUUCUUUUUACACAGCUGUAUCACAUUUCUCCAUACAUUGUUACUGUCGAGCUGGCAGUUUCGCUGCUCCCAUUACCGUUCCACUUCCACUUAAUGCAAUAAAAGAAGCCGAGUGAAUAAUUGAUUAAUCAUUGCCUUAACAAGACUAUGAAAUUACAGAGCUGCUUGGAAGAUUUCCUUUUCUGCUAUAAGACAGCUUAGUUAAUGUUUUACCGCAGCAUCAAGGUUGGAUGUGGUGCAAUAAUGUAUGAGGAGCGGAAAAGGAGGCUCAAAGGAAAUGAGUUCAAAAGGAAACAAACAGAGACAAACAGGUCUGUGUUUGCCAGUGACUCGGCUCAACCAGGGAGGAGGAAUGCUGCAGGAGAACCAACACACUCCCACACACACAUGUAAACAUCUCUCUCUCUCACAAACACACACACACACACAGAGCCACUCUCUUUCUCCUCAGUCACAGUGCAAAUGGUGACCCGGUUGUUCUCUUGCACAGACGAAGUCACACUCUCACACAUUGUCCUCAGGAAAGAAAAGUACGCCAUGUGUAUGUGUGUGUGUGUGUACGUGUGUGUAUGAUUGUGUGCAUGCAUACUUAAAAGCAUCAGUGUCAGUGCCAAGGUGUAGGCCAUUGUUGUCUUGGCCCAAAACCAGCCCCUGUCAGCCCCCCAGCAAAAGAAAAGACAGGCGAGCAGCACAGUGGAGACGCGGGGUGAACGGAGAAGAAAGGAAAAGAGGAGGAGAGAGAGAAAAAGAGGGGGAGCGAAAAAGAGGACGACUGAAGGAUUAGACAGCUGUUUACUGCCAUCUCUAGAGGCCAGCAGCAGUCAAAGCUAAGGAGUUUGUCAGCCUCUGGUGGUACCAUCCAGUUUACUUUUCAUCUCUGCCAUUUCCCCCUUCCACUUUCGCCCUCUCCCUCUCACAUGUGUUACUGUUUGAACUGCACAUAUUUCACUUUUUUCUCUUUUCUCCUGACCUUUUGGUAUGUCUGUUUGUCUAAAAGUUACUAUAUUUUUUUCCAAAACAUAAACAAGAUGACUGAGAAGCACCUAAGUCAUGAUUUUAACAAAAAUAUCAAGGAAGUUUAAAUUAAAUCUGAGCAAGGACUCCAUUUACCAGCUUAAGUUGCUCCAUUUAAGUAUGCAGUAAUUCAUAGACCUUCACUGAUUUUACCAGCUCAUGAAAUGAUCAGAGGCAUCCAGCGUUGAAAAAUCUCAAAGGAUUUCCAGUUAACACCCUUGUAUUUUUGUCACUCUAAGUCAAGAAAUGGAUUAGGGUUGACAUUCAUGAGAGAAAACAAGAAUUGCAUCAAUCAACAAACGUGUGGCCUGCCUGAGAGAGCUGAAGCAGUUAUGCUGUUUUCUCCAAUCUAUGCUGGGUUGCAAAAAUUUGUUGGACUCCCCAAGCGAACAAACAAAAAGAUGAGUGAUAACUACAGAUGAUGAAACUGUAAAAAAAAAUGGUACAAAUCCAAAGAAACUUCAGAGUCAGAAAGCAUUUAAUGAAUUCUUUGAAAUUGCCUCAUCUAUCCAAAAACAAAUCUCAAUGAGAUUUCUGCUCUUUCUCUUUUGUGACAAUGUGUUAUUGAUAUGAUAUCUACGUGAAGCUCAUCUUUUGUGGUUGACUAUUUGGAUCUUUUUCCUGUUGCAGAGUAAAUGGAAAAAUAUUUUUAACUGAUUAUGUUUGUUGUUUUUUUCUUUUCAUUCAGUCUUGUAAGAAAUUCCUGGUUCUUGCAGCUGAAAUGUGACAGUUUGCUGCUGCAUUUAUCCAGACAGUCAUACCUCUGGUGUACUAUGCUCACAGACCAAGUUUGACAUCAAUAAGGGGAUACUUUUCAAGGUUUUGGACCAUGAGUUGGGCAAAAUAAGCACCUCAGACUUUAGUUAUAGUCAACCUGUUCACUUCCAUGAUUUUAUGGAUGUUUACUUGCAGCAUUAUUUUAAGAUUUACCUAAAAAAACAAUAUUUUAAUUUGGAUUAACUGCAUAUUCUGCUGAGCACGGCUACCAUUAGCAGAGCUAGUACCUUCAACCGUCAGUCAACCAUUCUUGUUAACCUCCACAUGCUCGUGCUAGUUAUGCAGUAUGAUUACACACCAUUACAACCUGAUGAAUCCAGUUUUUAUCUCUCAAAUAAUGCCAAACUGAUGGGGCUAUGAGGUGCCAUCUGUAUUCUGUUCUGAUUUUACAUCCAGAUCAUAAUAAUACACUAUAGCACUAUGGCCACUAUCAACUAGGAUGACAGCCUCGUCGGUGGCUUUGCUAUGGCUUAGAUAUAACAUGACGGGUAUUUCAGAUCUACUAUAGUAGUAACUUGUUAGGUUGACCAGUGUUCCUGACAUUGACUGGUCAAGCAUUGUCGUAAAGAUCCUUAUUUUUUUUGUUCUUUUGUAAGUGAUUUCACAGAAGUUGAUUCAAAGACUUACUGUACAUAUGCAACUUUUCUGUCUCUCUUGGUAAUAUUUGGAAUACCUUUGAAUGUGUUGCAGCUCCAAAAAAUUACCUUUACAGAAAAAAAAAACCUGAUGCUAUCCACCAAUAAAAAUGAGUAAUGUCUACGUUAGCUACUGUUAUAAUGUUUCUCAAAGCUUGUGAACCUUCAUAAGAGUUCAUUAUUGAUGGGAGAGAUAAAAAUUCAGCUCACUAUAGCCUUUGUUUACAAGAAUAAUCUCCCCUGUUUUCUAGUGUUUUCAUCUUGAAGUGGAAGAAAAACAAUGUGACUUUACAACCAAAAGAUCAAUUACAAGCAAAUUGUGGAGAAUUAUCUAAUCAAAGUGCAAGUGAAGGACAAGCUGAGAGGGGAAAUGUUUCUAGGUACAGUGGAAUUAGAAAGAGAUUCACGUUGGGUGUGUUUUGCAACCUUGUCCUCAGAGGAUAGUAGAGCCUGAUGAUAGGUUGAGGACAAGUCUUAUAAUUUUCUCAAAGCAAGCUAUGCAGGAAAGCCACAAAACAUGCCAACAUCUGUGUAUCUCAUAAUUGUCAAUCUUUGCCAAAGUUUAGUAUGGAUGCCCAAGAUUGUAUUGUGUGUGCACUAAAACAGGUCUCCUUUAACCACUUUUGAUCCUUCUAUUUAGUCAUUUGAUCACUUUUUAACAUAAAAGUAAUCCAUCGGACAUUGUGUACAUAUUUUAUGUUGUUUAAGGUGUAUGAUCUUUGUUUACAGUAUACUGUCAAUCAACAGAAAUUACUGACCUUUAGGAGGAGAAUCAAUGCUACAUUCUGAUUGGUUGGUUUACACUUCAACGAUAUUUCCACGAAUAUGAUUUCAGAAUUCUUUGUCCGUAUGAAUCUGACCAGGAGACAGUUGGAGGAUCAGUCUGUCUACAGCUGUACAACAGAGCUGAAAUGGAGAAUUUUGACACGACCACUUACUGAAUGUGAAUGUGCUGCAGAACUAAAUCUGCACUAAGGUGUUUAGAAAAAUGUGUUGCUUUUCUCACAGCACAGAAAAAGCUUAACCUUACCCACACCUUUUUGAACAGUGAUGAGUGAACAAGUGGGAGAACGCAUACACACAUACUCACACAAACACAAACACACCCUGCAGACAUCUCCGCACUCUCCCCACUGAUUUUCAAAAGCUCGACAUCCCAGUCUGUGUUUGCUCUCCUCUCACUCCCCAGCUGCUCUUUCAUCAUCCACCCGUCAUCUGGAAAGCAUCUUAAAUGAUUAUGUUUUAGCGUCUCCCCCCUAUUUCCCCCCAUUCUUAAUCUCGCCUUCAUGUUCAUGCUUCAUUUGGCUUGACGGCACAAAGGUGAAUCAUGAAAGCCUUUUUUGUUUCAGAUUUAUGUCAUUUUCAUUGCGUAAGCUCUGCCGCUCUGUGCCUGCGCGCUUGUCGGGGACGCGAUAUGUAACGCAACAUGAUUUCUGCUGUUGCUGCUCAAGCUGGCUUCUCUCGAGGUGAAGAGACAGAAAAAGAGAGAGAGUGGCAGGGAUUUGACUCUGGGGAUUUUGCUCACAAAUCAUCCAGUGUGUGUGUGUGUAUGUGUGUUUUUUAUUUUAAAUUGCAAUUAGAGUAGUCGCUAAGUGUUCUCCUCUGCUUAUUAAUCCCCAACAAUUAAUGUGCGUGGUUCCAUGAAACAUAUUGGCAACUUUCUUAAAGUGAGAUUAAUUUGGCAGGCAGGAAGCUGAGUGGGCCUUUGUGGAGCUGGUUAUCUUUCCUCAGCACAUUGGACUAAGCUCUUCAAGCCUGGUGGAACGCAGAGAAGAGUGUGUGAGUGCAGAGGGAGUGUGAUGCAAUGUAGGUCAUUUGGAUGGUGUGAACAUCUAAAGGUUUUCAGAUAUCUGUUCAUGAUUGUGUGAAAAAAAAAGUGAUAAUGCUAUUUAUUUUCCAGCUCUAAUACAUUAUUGUUAAAUUGAUUCAGUUUGCAGAGAUGAAAAGAUGAACUCAGCUACUGUAAAAUAAAGAUAUGCACGAGCAGGUAAACUGACUGUGACUCUUACAUAACCUCUUUUUGACCGAACUGAGUGUUUUCCCUCUUUUUUUAGCUCCUUGUCUGGCCGAAUUGUCGGAGGCGUCUGGUGGUUCUUCACCCUCAUCAUCAUCUCGUCCUAUACUGCCAACCUGGCUGCCUUCCUGACGGUGGAGAGGAUGGUGUCUCCUAUAGAGAGUGCAGAGGAUUUGGCCAAGCAGACAGAGAUUGCCUAUGGGACACUGGAUGCUGGUUCCACCAAAGAAUUCUUCAGGGUGAGAAAACAAGAUUUUUAACAAGUAGAUACUCAAUUUUUAAUGUGGCGUGCUCACAUGGAAAAACAAGACUCUGGUACCAAAACAACAAGAUGAGAAUAAAAACAUAAAAUAAUAAUAAUUAAUAAAAUAAUGAUUAACCAACUAACUACAGUGAAGGGUAAACAGGUGGUUACCUGGAUGAGAAGAGUCCUUGAUUAUUUUGGGGCUCACUGCAGAUAUCAGCUCUGUAUUUGUCUGUAAGAGAGGGAAGCAGUGUCUUUAUAGUAUCCUGUGCUGAUUUAUUCACCACCAGCCACGAUGCAGCCUGUGAGUCAUGAUGCUCUCUACCAAACAUCUAUAGAGGGACAGCAACCGUUUCUAGGACAGGUUCACCUUCCUUAAGGACCUUCAAAAGUUCAGUUGCUGCUGCCUUUUCACAAGAUAUGUGGGAAUUAUUGUUCAUUAGGGGUCCUGAGAGAUGUGUGUCCUCUCCACCAUGUCUCCUUCGGUGGAAGGAGGAGCAGGUUCCUCCUAGCCUGGCUGGGCCAUCCAGUUGCGUGAAUCACUUGCCGUUCCUUCCCACAACAGUCUGGACUUCGGCCAAUUGGGAGCCCUGAAAGUGGGCGGGAGUACUUUCCUUGAUAGACAGACUACUGUAACCAAUCACCGUAACCAAACAUCUGACGUCAUCAAGUAAAGUUUUGGUAAUAUUUCAAUGUGUGCGAGCAAACAAUGUCUUUUACGUCUUCUUCUGCGGAUAUAAACAAUUUCUGCCAACUUUGCAAAGUCAACUGCAAAAUUUAUGGAGUUCUGAAUGAACAGCGCUUUGAAAAGUCCCGCAGCAUGUGUUAGACGUCACCAUCUACACAUGGACCAAUCAGGGGCUGCCUUUCACUGUUGUCCGGGGAACAGUGGAAACAAAGUCACUGAUUGGCCCGGUUAUUUUCUGAUUUCUAAUACACGCUCCUAAUUGGCUGAAGUCCAGACUGUUGUGGGAAGGAACGGCAAGUGAUUCAUGCAACUGGAUGGCCCAGCCAGGCUAGGUCCCUCCCUCCUCCACCUGAAGUCAAUGACCGACUCUUUGGUUUUCGGUACCAGGUUGCUUUUAGAGCGCCACAUAACAGGACUUGAUCCCUGUAGGCCAACUUGUUUUUAUCCUGGAUCAGAUAUGAUUGCCAUCUUGAUGAUGUAAUCACAAGAUCACAACAGCAUACCUUUUAUGUGAAAGGACAAGAUGGUGGAUUGAGCAAGAAGCAGCAUGCAGGAAAGGGGCUGAAUGCCAGAGUUGUACCCUUUACAUUUUCUUUAUUUUUUGCCUACUACAUGGCGCUCCUUAUUAAUCAUUAAGAUUUAAAUCCAAAGUGCAAAAAGUGGUCAAACAGACUCACGACUACAAUGUGUACAAAAAGGCAGCAGACAAUGCGACGGAUAACUUAACAGUGAGGAGUUUUAACAGUUCAGAGAGCCACGUGUAAACAAGCGGUCACCCAGACAUCUCUGCUGUUCUCGUCCUGCAAUAACUCUUCUUCUACAACCUUGGAUGUCUCUGUUUAUCCUGAUAUGUCUUUGUGCUCCUGAGUUUGCAACGUAUAAAUCCUCUAACCUCUGCCUGCUCCAUCACGUUGACUUCUCAAGAAUACUUCAUGCUGUAUUCUCUCAUCAACUCACCUCGACAGUCCUUGAAAAUUUAUGAGGGUGUCUAGCAAGAAGAAUUACAUCAGAAGUUCGGGUGAAAAUUCCAGCAUUUUACUAUCACACAUAAAAGCUAACCUUUUAACUUUCGGGCAGUUUUUAGGAGUUUGUGCAUGUAUGAAUACAGUCAAUUCUCUAAUGAAUCAAACGUCAUUGUGGACACUAUUUACAUGAAAAUUACUUAAAAUGCAUGUAACUGCACUGUGAAUACAUUUAACAGAAAUGUUGAGAAAUGAAAGGAGCAAAAUUAAAAACUAAAUGUAAAAAUUAUGUAAAAUGACAGCACAUGUACCUACGGAAACCAAUGGAUGAGCACAAACUAAACACAGACUCGGAUAACAGGAUACAGUCUGUGUGUCCAGUUGAUCCACUAGCCCUGGAAAAGGUGCAUAAAGAAAGUUCAGGGUUGUAUUAGUUCACAAAGUUGGUUGGAUGUUAGGGUUUAGGGUUGGAUGUUAUUUGUAUUUGCACUGUUGUACCUCACACCUUUGGGGCUCUGCUUGCUUUUGAUAGCUGGUGUAUAAUUGCUUUGGAAAGAGGUGUGGACUUUGCUAACCUUUUGUUGUGUGUGUUAGUGAUGGGCUUAUAACUGUUGUAUUUGUUAGGACGACCCCUGUGACUGGCAUCCUGGCAUCACCCCAGCAACCACCACAAGUUUGAGGACUGUAACUUUUAUGAAACACCUCUGACACCAUCUGUUUUAUGUCUACUCUGUACCUCUUGUUUGCAUUUCUCGCCCGCAGAGGUCAAAGAUCGCUGUGUUUGAGAAGAUGUGGUCCUACAUGAAGGCGGCAGAUCCGUCUGUUUUCGUCAAGACCACAGAUGAGGGCGUGAUGCGGGUCAGGAAGUCCAAGGGGAAGUAUGCCUACCUGCUGGAGUCCACCAUGAAUGAGUACAUAGAGCAGAGGAAACCCUGCGACACAAUGAAGGUGGGGGGGAACCUGGACUCUAAAGGUUAUGGCAUCGCCACACCCAAGGGCUCCCCUCUCAGGUAAACCCUUGCUACUGCAACUUGGCUGGAUAAAAGCCCCUUGGUGCUUUUAUCCAAGUCAGUGCAGGAGCUUCUUAAAUCACCUGCUGAUGUGUCCAUUAAGCUUACAGAAUUUAUUUGAUUGAUAAUCUUUACUUGUUUUGAUAUUUUAUAGAUUUAAUUUCAUUUAUGCACCUUUUUUUUAUCACAUUAACACAUCAGUGUUUGUGCUUUUGUUCUACAUGAUUUCAAUCCAUUUCAAUCAGACAUUUACACAACACUUGACAGCAAGACUUCAUUGAACUUCCUUCUUUGUUUUGUUCAAAGUUUCCUCUUUUGACUGAGACAUUUAUCUCUUGACCGUGCCCCAUUAUCACCACUUGAGGCUAUCUUUGUUUCAUGUCUGGAGAUAUAUAUACAUAGAGAGCCCAUUGAAAGCCAGCGUGUGAGCACUAGUCGAAGUGUGAAGUAGAAAUAUGUGAUUUUUUUGUCCUCUUUAAGCCACACUUGUCUCCCUGCCGGCUGCUAAUUACAUUCUGAACCUGCUUUAUGAACAUUUGCUGAGGCUGGUCUCAGGCGGUCCGCUUUGAAACUGAAGCAGCCCCUCAAACACACAGAAACACUCCUGCAGAAUGUAAAUGCACCUCUCAGAGACCAACAGAGCCCUUGGAGUAGGGUUACAGCUUAAAAGGAGCACAUCCCAUAUGGCUACUUUUCCACUUCCACCAGGGCUCACACCUUGAAUGUGUAAUUAGCAGAGCUGCAUUCCUAUUUGCCACAUUCGAUGUGAUAACUGAUGAAAUGAGCGAUAAUUCAUGCUGGUUGUACUUUUCGACUGUUGAUGUCCAAGAGCAGCAGCUGUCACUUCACAUCACAUUAACACCUUAAACCAACUUCCCAUUCAUAUUUGUCAUGCACCGACAGAGACAGAGAGAGAGCGCAGGAGCUGGUGGCAUCUGAAGCUUUUAAUCUAUCUCUAAUAGGCCUCAUUCAUUUUAAUGAAAGGAGCCAUAUGGGGAGAUUUCAUUCAAAGUCGCUGAGGAUUCAUCCGGGGUUCCACCUUGGUUGACAGCCAAAGGUCAGAACACACUGGCUGGAAAUGUUGAACACAUGUAUCUCUGAGGCUCCCUUCAAUGUAUAAAUCAAUUUCCAUUCAGCCACUCAGUGCUGUUUUUGCAGCACAACAAGUGGUCAAAUUAAUCUGCUCCAAAGUCAUGCUGGAAAUUUGGUCUAAACCUACAACCAUGUAUUCAGAUAUCAGUGAUAAACAGCUGAGGAUGUCUCCUUUAUCGCUCUCUCUCUCUGUGUUGAUUACUGACUGAGUGAUGUAUGUUAUUCUCAAGUUGCAAUUCACAGAUGUCUGAUACCAACUUUCAUUAAAAGAUAACAAAUAUUCACGACCAGGAAAACAGUAUUAACUAGUGAAUGUUGAGUAAUGCAGACAUUUCUCCAGUUAAAGUAGAAAUGGACUAACUGUGCUGCUCAUCUGGAAUCAGACGUCAGUGAAUAUUGAAUGUAUUCAAAGAGGUGAUUUCAAUCAUACCUGCGGUGAACUGACUCCUGAAUCAAAAGCGACUUCUUUCUCCCUCUUUUGAAGGAUGACUGCUCAGCUAACAACAGAUGUGCUCUGAACAUCAAAAAAUAGAUCCUUGCUGCACUUGCUCUUUUUAUACUGACAGUCAAAGGGACUUUUUAUAUCCCUGUACCAUCUCGCCUUCAAUAUGAAUGGCACAGAGGCGUAAUGGUGAGGCCAAGUUGUGUCAUCAUCAUGUACCCAUCAGAGGUAGUAACAGAGGUGUUUGGAGGUGAGGAUACAGAGGGUUACUGUGAGUUAGCGAAGCAGGCGGGGCGCAACAGCUCUGCGUGUGUACAUGGCUGAGCGUGUGUGUUUACCUCUCAUGCUUCUGUAAUGCCAUAAUGGUGUGUGAAAUCACUCUCUGGGAUAUAGGUGUGAGGUUGCCCGAGUUUUAUCGUGGCACUGUUGCCACAUAUGGAGAGGGCGUGUAAAGUCAUUUAUACGUAGACUUACUAAGGCCUUAGCCUGAAAUGUAAGGACAGACAACAGUAGCCACCUACACACUGAAAUCAAUCGCAGUGCAAUAUUGAUGCCCCACUGUAUGAUCAAGGAUUACAUUAGUUGGCACCACGUGUCACACACAGCCCUGUCCCGGUUUGCUGGGUUGAAUGGUAUCCAUUGCCAUUCUUCUCCUCACAAUCCAUAUGGUACUACCUCUGGUGGCUCAGAGUCCAAAAUGGACUUCUGCCCACGUGUGAUACUUAUUGCAGACAAGGCGCAGCAAGGGCAGAAGUAUCCUACCUCUCUGUAAGAGCCAAAUGUCAGUCCACCAAUUUGGCCCAGUCUGACUUUUUUCAAUGAUUGUUUGAUUGCCAUGACAUUUGUGGUCAUUAGAGAGUCCUGCUGAUUGGGUCACUCUGCCAUCUUUCAUCCAGCAGUUGUAGCUAAUUAGUUAAUGAUAGCAUGCUGGCACGCUAAAUUAUGAUUACAAACAUGGCUGGGAUUACUCUCGCCUCACAUCAGCAUGUGAGCGUUGUCUUUUUGAUUUUAGCUCUAAGGAGCAAAUCAUUGCUGUAGAUGCAAACUCUUUGUGUUCUUUAAUCUGAACUCAAUGCAGAGACACUGAAACUUUUAUCUUUCGUUGAGUAAAAUGAACAUUUUAAAGGAGAUUUGUAGAGGUACCUACUUUGGUAAGAAGAAAUAUUCAGCUAGUUAUUAUGCAAUACUUCAAAAACCAAUCAAAUGUCUGUGACAUCUUCAGAUCCAAAAAGGAAAGCUCGCCACUGUCUUUCAACAGCAGGAGCUUAAUACUUUAAAGUCAUCUCACGUCAAACAAGGCACAGAGCAGAAAUUAUUUAAUUUGAUUUAAAACUAAAUCUGCUUUUUAAGAUCUGUAUUUGGACCAAACCCCUAUGUGCACUGGUUUAGACAGAUUAAAACAUGUCUGACAUUGCAGGUAUGAUUAAAAGCAACACUUUGCAAUGUACAAAAUAAAAGGUGGUAACUCUUUUUCUACAGGAUGUACCGACGGUCUUUAAAAUGCACUGAUCGCUCUAUGAAAUGUUCUGUAUGUUCUCUGUUUUUUCCUCUUUUUCUGUGUGAAUUCCUGCCACCCCCACGUCUGCCUGACUGUUACUCCCAUCUUCCAAACAUACACCACAGCACAGUAGCCUCUUUGGCAUUUGUUCACUCUACACCCCCCCUGACCAAACUAACCAGCUACCUGCUGCUCUGCAGACCAUCCAUGUCAACACUCUAUGAUUUCUUUCAAUUUCUGUGAAAGAAUUCAGAGGUUUUACCAGCUCUAAAAAUACAAGUGUUUCCUGUAGCUGUGUUGUGCCUUUAAGAUCAGGGAUAAAGACUCGUCUGUGUCUGCUAGAGAGAAAGGCAGAAUAUCUCUAAACUAAAUUGCAGCAGUAGAAGAAUAGACGCUGACUUGAUGUGUGAGACAAUCUAAGAAAGGCUGUAAUCUGUACUUCUUUUAUGCAAAUUCUUGUGACAAAUUCUGCCUUUCUGUGAUUUGUAAGUGCAGAGAGUCUUUGUCCAAGACCAGUCAGCUAUAGGAAAUACACACACUCUCUCGACAGAGGGAGAGAGACGGAGCAAACCCUAUAGAGAUUGAUGUAGACUGAUGCUUUAAACUCUGUCUGAAGUUGGUCGCAAGGUUUCCUUUCAGCCAGAUUAGAAAAUAAAGUUGUUUUGGAAAUGAAAGUGACAGUUCAAACAUCCAGAACCUUAUUUUGCAUUUGUCUCUGCUGAUAUAAAUUAAUCAACGCAGGCCUCUAUUCACCAGGAUGCAGUUAUGGUUUGAAUGUUGAUAGGUUAUUUACCAUAGCAAUCUGUAUGCUGCUGCCACUGAAAGGAAAUUACCAUCUGUAGACAGACUUCCACAUCACAAACAUCUCCAUUUAUAGAGUUUGCUCUGCCUCCUCUCUGAGGCUGCUGCCUGGUAAAACCUGACUCUGCCACUGUAUAGGCAACCCUGCAUCACAGCCCCUCCUAGAUUAACACAUGACUAACAUGUGCACCUAGAGUCGACACUCCUGCUUCACUUCAGUAGUCUCAUGCAGGAGUUUCUAACCUGAAUUCACUUUAUUUCAUAAUCACCACCACCAUGUGACCAGUCUCUUUUUAUCUGUCUCAUGGAGUGUCACCUAAUGGUUAUCAUUUCAUAUUAUUUUCAAGAAACCCAGUAAACCUGGCAGUGUUAAAACUGAACGAGCAGGGCCUCUUGGACAAAUUGAAAAACAAGUGGUGGUACGACAAGGGAGAAUGCGGCAGCGGGGGCGGGGACUCCAAGGUCAGAGCCAGUUUGAUAAACCCUGCGGGUAACCCACCACCACUGGGAGUGGGGGUGUGUUGGGACGAGGGUAACCGGCAGGCUCACACUGCACAACCACUCUGGCAACACUUAAUCUCUCUGCGGUGAGGCUGAGAGCAAAGAAAAAGUGCAAGCAAAGUGGGAUGAGGCUGUUUGUUUGGCCUGCAGCGGCUGAAUUUGAAAACUGGAUAGGAACAUUUUUGCUACCUCCUCUUCUUCAUAAAAAAGUAGCGCAAUUAUGAUUUAAUAUCGAUCAAUGGGAAGUAAUUAAACAAGCUGAGUCCCUCGCGCUCAAUGAUAUUUGAAGAUGCAUCCAUUUAGUAGCUUUGGGAUUUGUUCAGUUUCAGCUGUUACCUUUGGCAAUUUACUUUUGACAACAGAUUUAAUUGAGACAUUUGUGUUGCAUAAGAGAGGAUAAGCAGUGUGCCGGUUACCCAAAGUGAUAUAGUAAUACACAUCUACUGCUAUAGAAAGUAAGCUAAAAAGCUAGAUGGAGUAUUAAUGUCUAUCACUUUGACUCUGAUGCUUCUAAUGAUGUUUAUACUAUUUAUUUGUGCGUGCGUGUAUGUGUGUGUAUGUGCUGUGUGUGCAAUUAGUGGAAUUUCAAAUAACAUAUGUAUGUAACUGCUACUCUGUGUCUCUGAAUUAAUAACAUAAAAUAACAUGGUAUAAUAUGUUAUUUAUGUUAUUUCCUUAUGGUUGGAAGAAUCCCAGUAAACCUAGCGGUGUUGAAACUCAAUGAGCAAGCCGUCUUAGACAAACUGAAAAACAAAUGGUGGUACGAUAAAGGGGAGUGUGGCAACACGGACUCCGGAAGAAAGGUUAGUCUUCAACUUUAAACGUGUCACCUCACAGCACUUCCCAGCACAACCCUGUCCUGAUCCCAGACCAGCCCCAAAUCCAGCCCUAAGCCUCUAUAAUACAUUAAACAGUAACCCCCAUGUGGCUCUAGCUGUAUGAGUGUAUUGGCCUGAACAUAAGACAACUGCUCAGCUUUGAGACACAUGUUUUCUCUGUGAAGUCUUUCAAUGAUAAGAAAGGCAGAUGGCAGUAAAGGCAACGGGUUCAUAUAUUUCUGGCCUAAUUUUACAUCUGAUCAGAGGAAAUACUUCAGGAAUUUCUGUGAGAUGUUAAAAAGUAACAAAACAGUUCAGAAAUGUUAUUUACAUUUGUUUUUUUGGCUAAUUUUAAGCAAAUGCAUGAUAAGAGCAAUUAUGUUACUAGGUGGUUUUUUUCUUUUUCAGAAAUGUAGGAAAAUUGUACAUUUAUAUAUCCUCUUUAACCCUCUUCCAGGCAAGCCAUGUUAAAAAUACCUCAGCUUUAGCAUUAAAGGAAUAGUACCUUGUUUUUUGAAGUGAGGUUAUAUAAGGGACUGUUAUAUAAGAGGCGUUUGUCAAGACUAAGAAAGGAGUCCUCCAAGAAUGAGUUGCAACUGCUUAUAGCACCAGAAACGGUGCAUUAUUUGCUGUAUCACUGUCCAACUCACAAAGUGUACUGCUCUGACAAUAGUCACACAUUAAAAAAAUGCCUGCGCCUGGUUCCGCAGGUUUAUGCAGUUUACUCCUGUACUGCGUCUGUUUGUGGAGAUGAGCUGUCAGCAUCUCCACUCUUGUUGUGCAGAACCGCACUGUGCACAUUAAUCCUUACAGAGCUCAAUUCUCUCUUGCCAGUUCAUUGAGGAGAUGAUUCAUGAUAUAUGUGGCACUAAUUUCACACCAUAUCUAAUCAUGAUACAAAUGACCCUAUCUGUAGCAGUAUAUAGUCUAGCUACUGUGCCAGUAAUCUAGGCAGUUUUAUCAAUAAGAAAAAGAAGCCAUGCUGACUGGCACCUCCUGGGGGUUAUACACUUGAUAUUGACAAGUACAAGGUCAGCGGUUGGCCUAGCAGUUUAGGCAACCACCCCAUGAAUAGAGGUUGUGAUCCUUGCCACAGCAAUCAGUGAUUUGACUCCUGGCCACAACUCUUUACUGCAUGUCUUCCCAGUUCUCUACACUCCAUAUUUUAUCUCUUUUUUUCAGCUGUCCUAUCUAAUGAAAGUAAACAUGUUCAAACAAAUAACUAUCAACAAGUACUUCAUUCAACACCGCCUCAAGAGCACCAAAUCGACCCUUUAACAUAAAUCAGCUAAUAACUGUAAAGGGUCAAAGUUGGCAUUAUGUAACUUUACUUAUCAGCAGUGGCUGAUUAUUGUGAGAGCACCUCACUUUUCCACAAGAAACAGUGUCUUAUAUUCAGGCCAGUACUCUGAUGGCAGUCUAGUGUCUAUUUGUCCCCACUGAUGAGCUUGUGUUGUGAAAGAUUUGAUGUUCAUUACCAGCGUGUAAAUAAAUAUUGUGCGGUGGAUUAGCUCAACUUGUUACAGUGGUUUGUUACACACACAGGGACUACAGUUACAAACUAGGAGGCAUAAAUCCUUGGCAAAUAAAUGGCCCGAACAUCCAAACACACACAUGCACACACACUAAGAGGGUACACGCAGAUCAAGAGCGAUGAUAACCUUGAGUUUGUACUGUAAUAUGAAUCACUCCACAGCAGUUGUAGGAGUACAAAGUUGCUCCCCGACCAAACAGAACAAAAAAAGCAACACAGCUGAAAACAAGGGAGACAGAUGGUCACAUUUGGAUUUUGAAUAUUGCUUAACUCUUUGAACAUGUUGAGACAUUACAUUUGCAUUCUGGCUCUAUCAUAAUUCAGUCUCAACUCCUACCCGUUAGAGUUUUCAUGUACGGAUGCAAACCUUCUCAAUCUGCUACAUUGACCCAAGUCUAGUCUGCACAACUGUGCUGGUGUGAAUUUGCACUUACAACUUUAACACUCUCUGAGAAAGUGAAUUCACCCUGACAGAAAAGCCUUCACUCUUUGGUUGUACAUAUUUGAAAUGUCAGCUGGUUGUCUGAUCCUGUCACCACACAUCAAAGAAAUUGUCCUUUCCCGCACUGGUACUUUGAAACUUGAGUGCCGGAGUGUCAAACCAUGUGCUAUGAAGGACUUGUAGAAGAGACAAAUAUUGCUUAAGUGCCCUUAGCUGAAACAUACAAAGCUGUAGUGCAAUAUACACUGAUUGGUUCAUGUAGAGCGCCUCUGUAGUGCUGUCACGUGACCCUAGUUUUUAUAAACUUGUAUAACUAUCAUUACAAACACUCGUAAAUUACCAUAAUGCUUUAUAACAAUAAGCAUAACACAUUAUUAGCACUUUAUCAUGACUUACAAGGUCAUGUAUUAUGUAAUGUGUGCUUAUAAUCACAAAGCCUAAUGAUAACUAAUGAUUGUUUAAAAUGAUAGUUAUACAAGUUUAUAAGCAAAUUAUAUCAUAUUAUAAAUAUAUGUAUUAUAUUAUCUAUGUGGGCAUUGUCUGCGAGUUGUUAACAGUUAUAACACAUUAUAAUACCUGACCUUGUAAGUCAUGAUAAAAUGCUUUAUUAUGCGUUAUGAUUAUUGCUAUAAAGCAUUAUAAUCAGUGAUGAGUGUUUAUAACUAUAGUUAUAUAGUGCUAUAACGUGAUUAUAACCCAUUAUACAUAUAUUUAUAAUGGGUUAUAGAGAUAGGCGUCAAAUAUAGUGUUACCGAAAAAUAAUUUUCACUUUUUCACUGUAAGACUAUCCCAACUGCGCAAUUUUGUAUGCUAACUAUGACGUUCAUGCCAGUAGCUGUGAACACUUUGCUAAGUCCAAAACAUGCAAGAAGCCAACCUGGCACUGUCCUGAACCCAUAAAGCUCAUCAUUGACAAUACCUCAGUUUCUCGCACCAGCUUUGAGUCAGUUAAAAGAAUAAUGUUAAACUUUGUAAGCUGUAAAAUAAUAAGCCGUGUUUCCGGUUGUUAUAUUAACAAAAGCUAAGUACUUAGCAUUGGCCUGGUGUUAUGUUAUCCAUCUUCCUUUUCUUAAUCUUGGCAGAGGUGUAAACUGUUUGAGCAGCGCUUAGAUUCUCUUAAUUAGCACAGAUGUCACUUGUCACCCUGAAUCUUUGGGUGCUGGUUGAUGGACAAUGAUUUAGUCAGGUAGAGAAACAGGUGAUGAAAACAGAACAAAUUAAACUUACAAUCCUCCAAAGCCGUACUGUUUGACACACCCUGUACACAAGACAUUAUUUCCAUAACCUAUUGCUAUGAAACGACUGGACAGACUGUGUUAACACAUUAAUAGGAACUAAAUAUGCUGAAACUAAAAUUUGCCCUUUGACUAAAAAUUGUUUAUUUGAUGAACUAUAUGAAUUAAAACCUGCUGUAAGUGACUUUAGGUCAGUGGGGAUGAUAAACUGGGCUAAAUGUAACAUCAAAUGCAAGUAAACCUGAACACAUUCAUAACAGAGAUAUAGCAGUCCAUUAAUCUGACGUUGAGCUCUUUAAGUGAUUCAAAGGGAUUCCCCAACAGAUCAACUUAAAAUAACAUCCUCAUCAGACUAUUUGUGCCACGAGAGCUUUUAGUUUGACUGACUCAAGUUGAAGUGAUUCAGUUUUGCUGCAGAAUAGUGGAAAAAUAGGCACCACUGUGAUAAAGAUUAAUGACCUAUAAUAGGGAUCAAUGUCAAGCUAAAUACUUGUAUGUGCUGUUGCUGCAUGAAUGCAUGCGCUGUGUUGUGUUUAUGCACUUUACCUGACUCUCUCUUAUUUAUAAAAUGUAAUUUUCUUAAGAAUGUGUGAGUUUUUAAAAUAUUUAUGUUUGAAAGGUCAAUAUAGGAAUCGUUGUAAAUGUUUUGAAUCACAUAAAGAAGUUAUAAAUUUUUUAGAUUAGUUUAUUUUCCAAUACCUGGGAGCUGUCUUGAUGUAGUCAACACAGUCAGGCUCUUUUUGAUGCAGUGUUAGAUUGUAUUAAUUUAAUUAAGCAUGAACAGUACACUGACAGUCAGUGGAAUUUAAUUUCAAAAUGCUUAGUAGGACCAUGUCCAGGAUGAGUAUAAAAAAAAAAGGAAUAACAUGAAAUGUUGCAUUAAUGUUGCCUCUAUUUAUUCAGAGCAGCAGUGCAGGAGUGUGAUUUAUGAAAUUGAAUUACAACUUGAUAGAGGCCUGUGACCAAACAGCAGCCUGCAUAAAUCACUGGGAGCUAAUUUUUAUCUUGCGGACAUUCUUCCGUGUUUUCAAUUAAAAAGCAUGAUCACUGUGUGUUAUCAGGACGCUGUUAGAUAAUGUCUUAUUUACAACAGCGUCCUCAUUUUCUCUGCUCCUGCAGCAAUGGAAAAUGAGUCAAGCAGUCUACGUAAAACUGAAAUAAUUCCAAUGCAAUUAAUAUGCAAUAGUAGAUUUUAUUAUUGGCUUUUCCAACCACCCACUGUACUUGCUGGUUUGUGAGAUGCCCUGGUUUAUAGCCAGUCUGGCACACUAGGUGUACUAAAUGAUAUUUAUGUUGUAUUUUUUUAUUAAUGGAUUUGGUAAAAUGUGCCAAAAGUUGGAAGAUUUUUUUUUUAUAUGAGAGCCUUUUAUUUACAUUAAGCAAUGUUUUGUUUUUUUACAACUACAUUUCCCACCACCUACUGACUGUUUUGCAGCCAAAGAUAAACACUUAUCUAAAGCAUAUGUUUAAUAGAUUUAAUUGUAUUAGGAGUGAUAAAAACAACACACUAUGCUGAGUUUAGUAUUUGUAUGUUCAACACUUGUCAACUAUUUUGACCUUACUUGGGUUCCAUAGCAUUGACAGUGCUUUCAUACCUUUCUAAUGGUUUAAAAUCUGGCUUUUGUCUUCUGAAAAGGAAGUUAAGAAUUAGCUCUAAAGUUAUCAAGCUAACUGAAUACGCUAGCAUUGUGAGACAGUCUUCUAAAAUACAUUUUAGUUAUUUUUUUUUAUUUUCUUACUUUACAGGGGUUGUGUCUCUGUCUGUCUCUGUCUCUGUCUGUAAUCAGACAGGCUUAGAUGUAAACUGUGUGUAUAAGAAUGAAAGUGUGUGUAUUUACUCUUAGAUAUGAAUCGGAUUAAAAGUGUGUGUGAGUACUUUAGUUUUUUUAGUUUGAAUACUCGUCUAUUGUGUGUGUAUGUCUUCAGUUUGUGGUCUUAUGUAUCACGAGAGAUGUUGACACCGCUUUCACUUGCGACCACUCACCCAUGCCCUCCCUCUUCCUCCCUCCAGGACAAGACGAGUGCUUUGAGCCUCAGCAACGUGGCGGGAGUCUUCUACAUCCUGAUUGGUGGCCUGGGCCUGGCCAUGCUGGUGGCGCUGGUGGAGUUCUGCUACAAGUCCCGGACCGAGUCGCGCCGAAUGAAGGUGUCCACCGCGCGAGCUGCUGCCGCCUCAGCUGCUCAGGCCUUUCACUGCUCAGCCUUAGACAGUGGUGCUAGCGCCCCCUACACAGAGCUGCAGAGCUACGGCCUGUACGCCAACAACACUGUUAAGAUAUAAGGGCAGAGCACAGCCAUGGGGUAGGAAACGCUGCGAUCGAUAAUAAUGAUGAUGAUGAUGAUGACAUCCGCCUACUCACCCCCGUCGCCCAUCGUGAUCACAGUAGGGCCACUCACGGCUUCCACUGCAGUGCAAACGCUCUCCUGUACCUCUCUCUACCUCUGCAGCUCACGUCUUUACGUCACUGACCUCCUGCAGUGUUGUUGAUCACUUGAUUUGAAAAUUGCCCUCAUGCCUGUUUGGAAAUCUUCCUCAUACAUUACACAAUCACAUUAGCAGAUUUAUUAGCAAUGCAAUUAUCAAACCUCUGUCAGCCAUGCAGGGUUAGCAUAGAGUACUUUUCAUUAGUGCCUUUAGAGAUCAUUGUGAAAGAGUUUUAUCUUUUUUGUUUACUCCACAUUUGGUUGUUUCAUUGUAGAAUUCAUCCAGCUCAGCAGCUAAGCAAACAUUAUGCAUUUAGCCUUAAAAAAUCUCCCCCAGUCUUUCAGCUAAAUCCAAUUACCACACUCAUAGCACUAAUCUGAUUCACAAAGUAAAAGAAACUUGACAUCGCAGCACAGGUAUGAAGGCAAUUUAAAUCACAGUGGUACAUCUAUCUACUUCUGUCGCUCUGAGCAAACCUCUCCCUGCUCCUUCUUCUCUGUUUGCUAAACUGUCUCGCAAAUGCAGGGCCCAUUGUGGUGAACAUCCUUUAUAUGUAUACCAUAAGGCAGGCCUGUUGCGGCUCACAUGUGUUCCAUCACUGCUUUAACCUAGACUAGUCCUAACACAAACUGUUGUUUAUUCACAUAUCUAACAGCAAAGACUUGCUGCUUGUAAUACUUCCCGGCGAGAUGUGAACUCUCUCCUCCGACAGCAGCAACAUGGUAGCAGUUAGUCAUCUGCUGUGUGGAUCAAUUUUCUACAAACAACCUUUGAUUCAUUCUUCAGAAACAUCAAAGCCCCUCGCUGAGAUACUCAUGCAAACUGCAAAGAAAAAAAGCAAAGGAGGGCCAAGACGAGGACUGAUCUCCUCCACUGAUCUCUUGUGUUUUAAUCAGCUGUCGAAGAAACACCUGAUCGGUAUGCUGAUGAGAUUGGCGAGGAGCCUAUUAGUCCGGCAGUGUCUUUCUGCUGUUUGCCUUGAAAGAAACAACAACUCAGAUCCAAUUAGUUGCCAGAAAAAUUCUCCAAUACCCGCGCAGAUCUCACAUGUUGCUUCAGAUCAUACACUGGCUUUGCCCAAUUUAAUCAGCUAUAGAAGACGGGAGUGUAGGCAGAUACCGAGGAUACACAUGCUCAUGCACACACACACUCGUGCGUCACACAUCAUUAGUCCGCCUUCGGUCCCAGUGGUUCUUAUUGCGCUAGUCUGGAGAAUGAAGCUAUUAAACCAAUGAGUGAAGCCUGAGCUCCAGUCUUACUGCCCACACUUCGCUCAGCUCCUCCUGUUACAAAUUAGGACAUUGAUGCACAUCGGCCAGAAGUACGGUUUACCACCCCCAAGUAUCACUCAGGCCCAGAUAGAGAGGGUGAAAACCAGCACCCUGUGACUCUUAAUGGCUCAUUCUGCUUCUGAAUAUCUUGGUGUGCCAGCACUAUAUUUGGAUACAGAGGGAAAAAUAAAUUUAAAAAACAGCUGCUUUUGCACAUAUAUUCAUGUGAUAUAGAGCACAGAAAAGGAAAAUCUUUUGCAUACUUUGCAAUGUUUUUUCCUUUUCAUAAUGUCGAUUAAUCCUGUGUGCUAAUAGUUCUGAUUCUUGCAGAGAGAUCCCUCUGAUUUGAUAUAGCCAUAAUGCAUGCAAGUCUAAAAUCAGGUGUGCAGACUGACAGUUUGUUUUAUCUGUCCAUCAGCAAUCCAUCAACGACGCCAUGCACUGCUCCACCCUGACCCGGAUGAGUGGCAACGGAAAUGGCGGAGAGAACGGACGAAUCCUCACCCACGACUUCCCCAAGACCGUUCAGACACUGCCCUGCAUGAGCCACACCGCCAGCAUGGGACUGGGAGCUUCCGGCAUGUGAUCAUCACGUGACUGUGCUGGCGGCGAGGAAUCGGCAGGGUGGGGCAGGAAAAAAAGAGCACAAUGACUCUGAUGACCCCACAAAUCAUGGCUGUCUGGUUUGACCCAUCUUUCAUCCUGGCUGUUGAGGCGCCCGACUUGAACAAGACUUAACUUACUGCCAAAAUGCACUCUUGAAUUGCUUCUUACAAACUACAAACAGAGACUCGCGACAUUUUUUAAAUAAAUGGAUGUUUAAAAAAGAGAUAUUGAAAAAAGAAGGGAAAUGUGCUGCAAUAAAGAAGCCGUCACCUGGGCGUGUUUUUGAAUUUUUUACGGUGUUCAUUUGUGUGGAAAAAAAACAAACUCUUCUUCAGUGUGACGCCUGCGCUGUGCCAUUUCAACAGAGCUGUUGACAUUAGUCUGCGUGUGCAAUAUCUUCACCUCCACUGCUGACUUUGUACUACCUAGAUGCUUCUGACGGCCGAAGGAACGUGUCUUUGCACCGGUGUGGCAGAGGAGGAUCAAUACUCGCGACCGCUAUGAUGAUUUGAUAUUGUUUUGGGACACUCCCACUCUCUUUCACUCCGCCAUCUACACGCCAUUUUCAAAGGACGACUUGCUCUGUGUAGCAUAGCCAGUUUUUAAGACACUGCACAUGGUUUAUACUGUCGUCAUAGUGCAGAGAGCUUUGUCAGAAGUGGUUUGAUUUGAUUUUUCCUCGGCUAAAGGCUGUUUGAAUCUGUGAUUGAACAGGCUACAACAAAUCAUGCAUUGCUGCUACACCUCAUCUAACACAUCAUGCCUUGUCUUUGUGCCAUAUGACCAUUCUCACACACACAGACACACAUAUACACACUUUACACUAUUUGGUAAUUUGGUUAGGCGCAUCAGUUUGAGGGCAGAAUCAGAAAUGCUCAUGUAAUCCUGUUUGACAAAGGCUACAGAUUACACACUGACACAUUAUGUACAGUACUGAGUGACCUUACACUGUAUCCUACUGUUGUGACAUUCAUAGCAUAUCCAUUUAUAUACUAGGGCGUCUGUUUGCAGCACAUGCUUCAGAGCAAAGACAACAAACUCAGAUAUAAUCUAGAGGAAAAAAAAUCGAGAUCUUUUGUUAGAGCUGCUGCUGCUUCCUGCCCUCCCUCCUGUGCUGUAUUUCCAGCUGUUUCAAUGUAAGAACAGCUAUUUACUCUCAGUUCAGUGAGAGUGACAGAUCCCCUGCAGAUCAUGUGUGGCCUAUAAAAGGAAAGUUGGCCUCCUCACACCAUUGCUAGCUCACUGGGAGGGAAGGAAGGAAGGGGAAGACUUGGUGUGACUGACAGAUUCACAACCACCAAUUUUUCCAUGUUUAGUGACAGUCAAGGUUAUGCUGGUCCCUGCGCCGCUCAGCUGGAGACUUCUCCUUUUCAGAUCAUGAUGUCCAGGAAUAAGGAGUCAGAGUGGCAGGCCCUAGAUGGAAGAGAGUAGAGAUGACAGGAGACAAACAGGCAUGGUGACCUUGAAGUAGAAUCCCACCCUGAAACAUCUCAAAACUCAGCUGCUAAUGAGUCUUGUGCAGUCCAGAUAAAAGCAGUCCUGCUGAUUUUGGGGGGUACUGGAGUCUUGAUUGAUAACACAUUAACUUGUUGUGGAUAGAAAUACAUAACAUGCAUUUUUUAAUGUGUAAUAUGAGAUUUAAAUUAUUCCCAAUUUCAUAUUUCUGCUGUAAACAUACAGAUAGAGUUGAAAAACAUCAAUAUAUGAUUAAGUCAAAAGAUGGCUAUCUUCAUAUUGGAAAUGCUGACCACAUUUCUCCAUCAAUACAACUAACUACAACCUUAUCCAGAGGCUGACAAAAAGGUGGAUCAGUAGCCUUAGCCUUAUAACCUGUCAAUCAAAUUAGGACCUAAAUGUGAUUAAAUAUACAUGACUCUUUGCCCUCAAAAUGUCUCCCUGUCAACUUAUCAAGUAAGUGAGACUUUUUUGUAUUGAAGUUUGACUCUGUCUAAAAAAUGAGAAUUUUUAAAUGGACUCUGAGGGAUUUUCUUAGCUUUUGGAGCCAGCCCUAAGUGGACACUGAAGGGACUGCUGUUUUUGCACAUCAGCAUUGGCUUCAAAAUUUAAAGCUAGGUUUUGGCGUGAACUUAUAACAGGAAGUCACCUGAAUUUAAAUCAAGUUAAAAUUUAAGCUUCCAUGAGGAACUUCCAGGUCAUGUCAUGUGUUGCCCGCAGUGGACCAAUUCCAAUUUCUGAUCUCUUUGCUGAUUUUUUAUUUAUUUAUUUUUUUCCAUUUGUAAGUAAAGUUUUCUGAUUGCAAGAACUGAUCCUGGCGCAUUUUGAUAGUCAAAAAUCUCACCCAAGACUAGAUAAUGGCUUUUUCAGCAGUGUGGUAUUGAUCGCCUACCUGAUGGCAGCUUUCAAAGGCAUUAAAAGUCGCUAUGUGGGAAUAAUAAAUCUUGUCCCCGCUGUAUUGCUUUUGUUGCUUCGGUUAUGAAGUGUUUCAUAACCCGCUAAAAACUCCUCACAGGAGCUUCAAAGUGAGCAGAAGACUCGAAGUCAUUCAUCACAGCAGUCUAUGUCUAUGUGAAAUGCACAGAGCAUAAACGUUAUUAUCAUACACGGUUCGUAUCUGUGAGUCAAAGGGUGUGAUUUUACUUCAAGGUGGCUGGAAGGUUGUUGCUUGAAAAAAGGGGUUUCCUUUGCUGCUGGAGGCCGGAGGUUGUUUUUAGAUUAUGUACGGCAAACUCUCUCUGACCUCCCAUUUCACAGCAGAGGCCAAGUUUGAACAAAGGCAGCACUCCUCCUCUGCCUCCACAGCCAGCCAUGUAUUAUUCUGUCACCUCCUCUGAGUUUCUGCUUUAAAAAAUAUGGAACCAAAUCAAGAGGAUGACCUUUUUGUUUCUCUACGCGGUCAUAUAACUGGAAAAUGGUCAGUCAGAGUUUACUGAAAACAUACAUAUCUCCACCUAUUAUGUAUAUAAAAGGCUUUUCUCUCCUCCCCAAGUGAAAAUGUUCGUUCUCCCCAUUGAGCCUCAGUGUACCUGGAUUAGUUACCUGCUGCGUGAGUACUGUUCCUUUACUUCCCUCAUCUCUGCGUUUUCUUUUGCUGAUGUUGUAUGACGUAGGACACAGCACAGCACUCUUCAGUGGAGGCUUUACCUUCAGACAGAUGUUUUAUAUGCCAUUACAGAUUUGUACAAAAAAAUAUUAAAAAAGACACUCAAUGUUUGUAAUAUACAGGGGAGUUUGGGUUCCAUGAAAGUGUUAUACACUUUAACGAGUGUAAAAAAAAAACAAUAAAAAAAAAAGACACACUGGUGUUUAAUAAUCCGUAGAUGCUAAUGUUGUUUUUGACUUUAUUUUGUUUUAUUUUGUUGGAAUUUCAAAAAGGAUUUUCCUGUUGGUGUUUUUUUUUUUUUCUUUUUUAGUGCUUAAAGUUUAACAACAUUUGAAUAUUUCUUUGUUGUUUCCCUUUUUCAUGGUAUUUUAUUACUGGAAUCUAAUCACCAGAAACAUCUCCAUGUUUUUUUUAUUUAAUUUUUUUUUAACUAUCAAAGGGGUGUCACUGAGUUUUAAACUAAAAUAUUGUUCUAUAAAUGGUUUUUAAGUUUAAAAAUGUUAAAGAGUAUAACUAUAAGGAGUCAGACUUUUGGGAAAUAAACUUUUUUUUCUAACCAAAGUGUCCUGGAAGGAAGUCAUCAUGCUUUUGUAACGGAAUAAAGAAAUAAACUAUGAAUAUUUGUUUGGUGUUUUUUCCACGGGAG